AUGAAUUCAUCUUCGCCAAAGGUACGAAAAUAUAUUUCAUGUAAAUUUUGUGCAUCUGUUUUCAUUCCAAAGUAUUAUUAGUUUUAUCCAAACUUAAUUUAAUAACCAAAGGCAUUUUUUGUUGUUGUUGCUGCAAACAUCACAGGUUGAUCACGAAAACCCUCAUUGCAGUAUGGAUUGUGUUACAUAUGUAGUGCAGUCUGCUCUUAAAGGAACAGUCCAAACAAUAUAACCAUUACCCACUGUAGUGGUUAUGGUGCCAGGAGUGCCCUGGUGCUGUCUCACCGUACUUAGGAUGAUUUGACAACUUACUUAGCUUCCAAUGGGCACUGGUGCAGGCUGCAAUGGUUUUGUGCUGGAUGUGCCCUGGUGACCUUGCAGAGUAAAUGUAAAUGUGCCCCACUCCCAUCCCUCGGUGCUGUUUACCGGCUCCAGGAAACCCCUCUUUUUUGCAAGAUUUAGCUUAGAUGAGCUAAUGGAAGCUCUGUACAGGGGCUUCCAACUCUCCUGUAGGCUAUGGACCGGUACCCUAUGAAUCCCAGGUAACGUGUCAAACUGUUUGCAAACAAUUUGUCUGCAUACCCUGGGAAGGCGCAAGGGCACUCCUGGUGCCAUAACCUCCACAACAUGUUGUAGUGUCUAUGGUGCUUGAAGAACUCCUUUAAUAAAAAUACUCUUUAAUGCCUUAUGCCAGAUUUUGACAAAAUUAUGAGUCAAAAGGCCUCGAUCUUUAUUCAUUUAUACUUAGAUCAGAUAUUGUUUGUUGUUUUUGUCAAUCAUUUUUCAUAUGAGGCAUGUGAGAAUCAUGCAUUACAAGCAGUAAGAAGUGAUAAUCAAUGCCAUCACAAAAAUCUGUUCUUUAAGUGGCUUAUUCCAUAACGAAAUGACCUACUCAUUUAAUAACAGCAGGGCUGUUUAAUAAACUGUGCAAUUGUAGAAAUUUGCAAAUUGGAGAAUUGCAGAGUUGGAUAAUGUGUCUAAUUCAUAUGUUUGGCAUAAAAUUAUGAUUGUGUUGCUAUUCCCCACAUAGCCCUAGUUUAGUGAAUAACUUUGACUGUGUUGACAAGCAAUACAAAGUCCUGUAUGGUAAUUAUGCAAAUUAUAUUUUUAUUUUGUGCUUUCAAAUUGUUUACACACAUUUAACAGAAUAAACAAAAAUAUAGACAUAGUUGAAUAAUGAAUUUUAUUUUACGAAGCACAAAAACAUGGCACAGCCUCUUCAAGUAAAGUGAUCAUUCACUUAUGAUGGAUUGUUACAGUUUCUCUGUACAGACCUGGAAAACUCCACAAUUCAGAAGCAAAGGAGCGAAUUGCAGUUAUUAAUUGCAGAGCUAAAGGACAGAGACAAAGAGCUCAAUGAUCUGGUAUCAGUGCAUCGGAGUCAGCUACUUAAUUGGGAAAAUGACCGUCAGAAGAUUCUCAAAUUGGAACAAAAGUGUAGCAGGCUUGAAAGUAAGAUUACUACAAAGUGCAAAUGUCACACUGUAUGUACAGAGAAAAUGACUAACUUGGGGACCACAGUUCUUCCACGUUUCUUAGACUGUAUUUUUGUUUUGGGAACUCUGUGGAUGGCAAGUAAACUUGAAAAUUAUUUGUAUGCAAAAAUAAAGAGUCACAUGGCCAUCAGGCGAGUCAGUGAACAAUUGUAUCUUUUCCUAAAGUUUUCUGUACUCUAGCUCUGGGGACAAUAUUUAUUUUCCACCAAACAUUUUCAUUCCUUCACCGGUCCUCAUUUCAUGUUUGUGCCCUGCUUUUCAUUUUUCUCUUUCUAUACAAAGCCCGUUCCGCUUAUUUUUCAUCCCCAGUCAUUAUUUUUUUUUUUUUUCUCAGUCCAUCCAAUUUUUCUCUCUCAUUUAAUGUUUUUCAUUUCUCUCUACCAAUUUAUUUACCGUGAUUUUCUGCCAAUAUAUGUUACAAUAAUUAUUAAAGAAACACAUCAUAAUCACUAAAGAAAGCUGUAGUGCUUAUGUGGUCAGGAAUGCCCUGGUGCCACCCAAGUGUAUUAAGCUAGUUUGACAACUUACUCAGGGUCCACUGGGCACUGUUUGAUUCCUCAUUAUGCACCCAGAAGCGCUUGUAAGAAGCUCAGUGCAAAGGACUUGAUCACCAGAGAAGGUGGUGGGUACCUAGCUUACCCUAGGUAAGUUGUGAAACCAUUCUCAAAAACAAUUUAACGACUAACUCUGGGAUGGCACCAAGGCACUCUUGGCACCAUAACCAAAAAACAGGCUGUAGAGGGUAGUGGUUAUGGUGGUUGGAAUGUAACUUUAAAUUCUUCAUUUUAUUUGCUACUUCCAUUGUAGUACUGUGAAAAUUGACUCCCCUGACUGUUCUAUUUGGGAUCAUGUUUAAUCAAGCCUGGAAUGUAAAUAAUUACAUUUCUAAGAGGGUUACUCAUUAAUCCAGGAAUCGUGGAAAUUUGAGAAUUUUAAAGGACCACUCUAGGCACCCAGGCCACUUCAGCUUAAUGAAGUGGUCUGGGUGCCAGGUCCUUCUAGGGUUAACCCAUUUUUUCAUAAACAUAGCAGUUUCAAAGAAACUGCUAUGUUUAUGAAUGGGUUAAGCCUUCCCCUAUUUCCUCUAGUGGCUGUCUCAUUGACAGCCACUAGAGGCGCUUGCGUGCUUCUCACUGUGAUUUUCACAGUGAGAGCACGCUAGCGUCCAUAGGAAAGCAUUAUGAAUGCUUUCCUAUGUGACCGGCUGAAUGCGCGCGCAGCUCUUGCCGCGCGUGCGCAUUCAGCCGACGGGGCGGAUCGGAGGAGGAGAGAAGGAGGAGAGCUCCCCGCCCAGCGCUGGAAAAAGGUAAGUUUUACCCCUUUUCCCCUUUCCAGAGCCGGGCGGGAGGGGGUUCCUGAGGGUGGGGGCACCCUCAGGGCACUAUAGUGCCAGGAAAACGAGUAUGUUUUCCUGGCACUAUAGUGGUCCUUUAAAGUUUAGGCCCAAUAACCACAUUUUAGCCAAAACUCCUAAAUAUUUUCUCUCUAUGAAAUGCUUUUUAUUUAUUUGUUUGUUUAUAUUAAGUUGGGGAUUGGGUAACAGAGCUGCUAUAGGCCCAUUCCCUUGCACAUUUCCCAGUCUCUCUCAUCUGUGACUGUUCAAUCAAUGCAGUUUUAGUUACAUUGCUUAAUUAUAUAGUUAUGUGUGCUUUAUGCUAAUUUACAUUUUCUUUACUUUAUGUGUAUUGUUGUAUGAACUAUAAAAAAUAUUCUCAUGUUCUGAAAAAAUUUAAUAAAUCAAUUGUAACAAAAUAUAUAAGAAUCUGAAAGUGUCAGGUCUUAACGUUGACUGAUAUAUUUUCAUUAGAUGAGCUAAAGAAAAGGAAUGAAAUUAUCAGAUCCCUCACCAAACGGAUAAAGCUGAUGGAAAAUCAACAGCAGGACCGAAAGACGAAUCUGGAGAAUACUCAACAGCAACUCCAGGAACUGUCUUUCAAAGCUGCCAGUGAGUGCCAGGAUUUAGAGGUAAAGAUGCCCAGGAUGGUACAAACCACGCAAUAUACCCGAGAGGUUUAGAAUAAGCUUCUUUGAGCGCACUCUACACAGCAAAAUCACUACAUCUUAAUGUAGUGGUUAUGGUGUGAGGCCCCUAUCCCUACAGUGCUGCCAAUAUUAACAUUGCCGCUUGCGAGUAACAACACUGUUUCCGUUUGUAAGUAAUAGCAGCCACUAGAGGUACUUCCUUAUAUAGAAUGGUUUGUGUGCUUCUCAUAGAGAAUUGGAUUCAGUGCUGCAGUAGGGCUCCUACGCUUCUCAAGGAAAAGUAUUGGAUGGGUCCAAGAUCACCCCUUAGGAGGAAUUUUACAUGCGUUUUGCAUGUUUUAAAAAAGGUGAAAGAAGCAGUACUAUAAAAAUUAAAGAAACACUUAAGCAUUAAAUAUAAGUAUAUUUAAUGUCUUAUCUAGGAGCUCCCUUGUUACCCAACUUAGGCCUUUUACCUUACCUGGUUUUUCUUCAAACAAAGAGUACAUGUUGUGGUGUAUUACCAAACUCUAUAAAUUAUUAUGUACGCAUACACAUAUAAACUCUGGUCCGUCUACUUUAACAAAUAUUUAUUCAGAGACAAAACAACAACAACAUACAAAUAAUGACACACAAUCUAACUAACUAUACCAACAACAACAGCAACAACAACAUAACUAACAAUAACAACUACAUCUUAUAAAAUCACCAGAUCCCACUCACAGUACACCAUGAUAGAAAUUAGGCCAUGUCUGCUUAAAGGACUGCUCAGUAGCACAGCCAAGAAGGAACAGAGAGGAAUGGAGAUAGGGGGAAGUGGUUAUCUCUUUCCUGACUAGUAAAGGUAUUGAAUUACCAAUUAACAUUUCAAAAGGGUAAAGCUUAUCCCACUGUAAGAGCUUGGUCACAUGAUCCCUGGUCACCAUAUUGGUUUGAUGACAGAAUGUCACCACAUUCCCUCACUUUUUUUUCUCUUAUGUUGAGCACAUUUAAAAGUGAGAGAAUAUAGUCAAACAGGGGUUGCAUCACCCCACAUUCCCCCAAUUUCAAUUGUUUUCAGUUGUUCCGUUUUUAAAUUAACAACUGCCCAAGUGGGUUGGUAAGAACCCUGGUAGUUGUUCAUUAAUAUUAUAUGGUAAUGUGUUCAUGUGAAGUAGUAAUAUCUAGACGCAAUCAACCCCAUACAGUAAUUAUCACUAGUUUAUGACACAAUAUGAUGUUUAAUUUCGCCUGGGACUGGAAUCUGAAGACUGUGACUGAUCUGUGUGCUUGAUAGCUGUGAUUUUAGAAUGAACUCUCCUUGAAUAUUGUCUUUGCCAAUCCAUUACAAAGCUUGAGGUUUGUAGGUUUAAUGACACAUGCAAGUUCAUGAGUGUAGGGUAAACUCAUUCUGUGACCACCUUGAAAUGACACAAAUUCCUGCUUCUUGCUGUUACUUUACCCUUAUUCUGGGCUGUGUUAAUAGUUUGACUUGGUAAUCUCAGCACUUCUUCAUCUGUAUAGUAUCCAUUUUCAGGAUAAUAGUUUGACGUGUAAUCCCAGCACCUCUUCAUCUGAAUAGUAAUCAUUUUCAGGAUAAUAGUUUGUCUUGGUAAUCCCAACACUUCUUCAUCUGUAUAGUAAACUGUGACAGGACAUGUCAGUUACCUUCGCCUCUCUGGGCCUUCCAAUUAAAAUGUUCUUUGAAUCAAACACAGACAAUGAAAUAUGUACAACAGUAAUCAGCAUAUUGUCUUGUGUCAAAGGCUUAACUAGUUUUGUCUAAUAAAAUCUAUUUGGUUGUGGUGUCUUAAAGCUAUGUUUACAUUUUAGAGGUAUUUAAAAGACCCACAAAUGUCUCCUGAAAUUUUGAUUAAUUUAGACAUUUACUCCACACCUGAUGGUGAGUUGAACACAAAACCAUAUUAGUUAUUUUAUAAUUUACUGAUGAAUACAUGCAAUAAUCACAAAAUGUACAUAGUUUAAACCGAACAUUAUUAUACAUGAACGUGAGUGGGAAAGAUGUAAGGGUGAAAAAUGUAUUCGCAAUUGAACGUAGGUGCACAUUCUCAUACCCAUAACUAUUUAACCCCCUGCGGAUAGCCAAAUAGAACAAAUAGCAUACAUUUUCACUUUAUUAUUUAUGCCAUCUUCACUCAAAGCAAUCUAAUUUCCCUAUAUUCUUAAUGACAAAAAAAAACAAAGCAUCAAAGAUGGAGAGAGAAGAAAAAAAAAGUAGAUUGAAUGCUACCAUUACACAGUUUGGCAGCGUGCAAUCUAUAGAAAACUGUCUGUUGCUAUUCAAAAAUCAAAAUCAAAAAUCAACUUGAGGUUAUAUUUGUUGGGAACCAAAUUAAAAAAAAAAAUGCUUUUAAAGUUUUUACUGUUGUAAACCAACAGAAAGUUACACUAUCACAUCUCUCCAGUGUGAUCAAAUAUAAGCCUCACGUUGGCAACAAUUCACUUAAUCUAUGAAUUUAUCAUUAUUAAUCCAGCAUCAAAAAAUAAAACAUAGCUGGCAGUGCAGGCGUGCUAAACUAAUAAAAACAAAAAUUAUUUGGAAUUUGGCCCACCUGACUGUAAUGAAUGAAUUUAGAGGCUUAUCCUUAGUACGACUAAAAAAAAUAAUAUAUAUAUAUAUAUAUAUAACAAUACAUUACUAAGGUCCUCUUUAAACUGGAGUGUUACAAGAUAAUGGUGAGACAGAUAAAAUAUAGAAACAAAAGAAAAAACAAACAUACAUACAGAUGUAGAGGACAACAAAAAUUAUGGGAGUUAUUCAUUGCUGGGGACCCCCAAUUGAUCAGUAUUUCCCUCUCUCAUCUGUUCCCUAAGCGCUUUCACAUCUGCCUCCAAUCUCUCAGUCUGUCUCUUUAGGUCCCAGUAGUCUCUAUUCCCUUCUUUAUUCCUCCAAUUAUCCCAAUUCCGUCUAUUGGUCUGAUCAUCCCAUCUAUGGUUCCUUUUCCAAUUAUUCUCCCAAUAACUGUUCCUGUUGUUUCUCUGUUUUUCUUGCCAUCUGUGAUUUUCCCAGUUAUCUCUCCUUUUUAGCUUCUCCCAGGUGUUAUUAUUAUUAUUCCAAUUAUUAUUGAUUACCUUAGGCUCCUCCCAUCUAUUUUUCCAAUUAUCUCCCAUUACAUUACUUCCUUUAGAACUGUCCCUAUUCCUAUGGUCCCUCUGUGGAUCUCUCCAUCUUUUGUCAAAGUCCUGUUUUGGUCUCCAGUUCUCAUUAUCCCUCUUGUUCUGAGGUACAUCCCACCUUUGGCUUCUCCAUUUGCCAUCUAAAUCUCUACCAGAGUCAACCUUGAAUGUUCUUAUGGCUGAAACAGAUAAGGCCUGUUCUGAGGAAGGAUGCUUAAGCCACCAAUUAUCAGCUCUAGUUAGUAGCAUUUCUAAGUCUACUGGUGUUGGAUCAAAAAGCCUGACAAAUUCUUGACACUCCCAGGGAAGGGCUUCCAUUACUUUAGCAAUGUGUUCUGGUGAGCCCAACACCAGGGGCUGUUGAGGUUGGCGUAGUGUAUACCAGAACAAUAUCCUUUGAGCUACCUCUCUAGGACCAUCUGCUGGCUACCUCUCUAGGACCAUCUAUUCGCUAUUUCUUUCUCUAUGCUGAGUAUAUAGAAAUUAGUUUCAGCAAUUCUUCCUGCCUGAUCAGACACACUGUUAUUGAAUCCCAAUAGUCUACUAGCCAAAGGACCCAUAGCAUAUUCUAAAAGUUCUGUCCAUUCCUCUAAGUUAAAACCUCCUUUUUUAGCUCUAUUUGCUCCCCUCAUAAACCAGUGUGUAAAAGUAUUAAAGUUGUUAUUUGGCAUACUUCCCCACCAUUUCUGGAAAUUUUCUUUGUCUGUGAUUGACAUAGUGCUUGUCUGUCUAGAGAAACUAGUAGGCAUUUCUCUUGCAUUAAAGUGUUCAGUUAUUAUUAAAGGGGCUUGUGGGACACAGUUAACAACUGGCGCAUUUCCCUUGUGUUUGGUUCCGAGCACUGGUUCUAUACCUUUAGAUAUAAAAUGAGACUGGCCUGGGCAUACUUUAGGAAUCUCCUUAUCCCAUUUAUUUAUGUUUUCUUUAGUUUUCAUUUUAUAUUCCAUAACUAAGUUUUGGAGUUUAGUGAUCGUAGCACUAUAUGCAUCUCUCUGUUGUUCUAUUUCCUUUAAUUCCUUCUCCAACCCCUCGGUCAUUUUGUUUGUUCUUAGGGCAGCUAUUUUAAAACAAUCUCUUUCAUCAAGAGCAUCUUCCAUUUUAUUAGUGGUUACUAAAUUAGCUUGCUGCAAUUCAAGUACCAUGCUUGCCAAACCCCCUAUUGCAGCAACAACCGCUUGUGCCACCAAGCUUUUCCUUUUCUUAAUAUGGCAUUUUUUAUUAGUAACAAUCUGUGUCAAAACAUCCAUGAAACCUUCAUAUUUUCCACAAUAGGGGCCUGCUGGUUCUGGAAGCUCAUAUGGUCCAUCAUGUUUGUCAAUGUCAUUCUUAAAGUACUCUAGUACUUCUGCAGAAAAAUACUUAGUACCUAGAUAUGACAUUUUAAAACUGAGCUCUCCCUAGGUCUUUAAUCAAAAUAGACCAGCAGACUAAGGAAAAAAAAAACACGCUUUUAACAAUGGGAUUAAUUUAAAAAAACUGAAACUGGCUCCAAAGAGAUUGAACCAUUUGAGAAACUUAAUUACAUUAACCUAUUCAAACAAACUCUUAUCUUUUAAGAAAAAAAAACUUCACAGUCUCAAUACAACAAAUGCCCACAGGCAGCAAAACACAAAACCACCCUUUUGCCUUUGUUUAAGUGCAGUGUGGGUGGUUUACAAAUAAACAGAAUGAUUUAAAGGAAGGUAUGGGAACUGAAAAAUACCUGACUGUAACUUCAGCACAAUGAUAAUUCCCAACCAUAUAACAAUCUAACAUAGGCACCUUUACCUCAAAUACAAACUGUUCAUUCUCUAUUAAACACACAGUGUAAAAAUUUAAAUUUUAGCCUGGCUAAACAAUAGCCACCACACUGUAUUAGCCCCAAUACCUUUAUCAUGUAAACACAAUGCUCCUACCCAGAAUUCAAUGGUUCAAACAGACAAAAGAUAACCCACCAAAAAAAACCAGUUUGCUAUUUAAACUUAGAAUGCAGGGAAGCCACAAAAUGUACAAAAUGUAACAUCUAAAAACAAUUACAAUAUAUUCAGUUUAGUUCUAGUUAGAUGCAACAGGAGAGAGACAAUACAGCACAUGGGCUAUUAAAAAUGGCCGAAAUAUCAAUAGUACCAAUGCAGUGCAACUAUUCAAUCUUCCCCUUUAAUCACCAAUACUUUAAAACUGUGUAUAAACAAAAUUAAACUAUAAAUGCUACAAUUUGCAACAAAAUACGUUCUGUCAGUCAUAAUGCACAAACAUUAUGCUCCUAUCCUGAAUUCAAUGAUUCAAACAGACAAAAGAUAACAACAAAAAACGUUUGCUAUUUAAACUUAGAAUGCAGUGAAGCCCCACAAUUUAACACCUAAGAAGACAAUCAAAAUAGAUUAAGUUUCAUUCUAGUUAGUUGCAACAAGAGAGACAAUACAGCACAUGGCAAUUAAAAAUGUCCAAAACAUCAAAGGUUCCAAUGCAAUUCAAUUUUCCCCUUUUAUCACCAAUACUUUAAAACUGUACAGAAACAAAGUUAAACCUAUAAAUGCUACAAUUUGCAUCAAAAUAUGGUCUGUCAGUCACAAUACACAAAUUCAAAACAGUCAACAAAACAAAUAUGUAUAUUUGUUUCAACAAAAUGAAUCCUAUGCUAUAAAGUCUCUUUCUCUUAGAUUAUGUAUCAAUAUGGUAGUUAUUGCGCCUCACAAACAUUUGUUGUAGAAGUCUAAAAUUCGUGGUCGCCAAAUGUGGUGUAUUACCAAACUCUAUAAAUUAUUAUGUACGCAUACACAUAUAAACUCUGUUCCGUCUACUUUAACAAAUAUUUAUUCAGAGACAAAACAACAACAACAUACAAAUAAUGACACACAAUCUAACUAACUAUACCACCAACAACAGCAACAACAACCUAACUAACAAUAACAACUACAUCUUAUAAAAUCCCACUCACAGUUCACCAUGAUGGAAAUUAGGCCAUGUCUGCUUAAAGGACUGCUCAGUAGCACAGCCAAGAAGGAACAGAGAGGAAUGGAGAUAGGGGGAAGUGGUUAUCUCUUUCCUGACUAGUAAAGGUAUUGAAUUACCAAUUAACAUUUCAAAAGGGUAAAGCUUAUCCCACUGUAAGAGCUUGGUCACAUGAUCCCUGGUCACCAUAUUAGUUUGAUGACAGAAUGUCACCACACAUGUCACUGUAAUUUAGCUCCUACUAUACUAGAUUGCAAAUUGAUGUCUUAUACGUGUUAUACGAGUGCAUUCUUGACUUCUUUACUGUACUUUUAAAAUGAGGUUAAUUGCUCCAUGUAUGACUGAGCAUGAAAUACCAUACUGCAUCUAUGUUUUUUUUGUAAUUUUUUUAAAAUUUAAUAUAAAUUUUCAUAUAAUAAAAACAUACAUUUUUCUUGAGAACAUAAUAUAUUGUCUAAUUAUCAAGAAAGAAGGGGGGGGGGAGAAAAUAGUAGAAAAGCAAAAUAAAAAGAAAGAAAGAAAAUUAGACAUUACAAAAACAACAACAACAACAAUAAUGAUGGGGGUUUGCUGUGAGAGGCCAACUGGAGAUUCAUUAUUAAGAUGUGCCAAAGAGUGUAAUCAACUUGACUAUAGUGUAAUCACAUAUAGAGAAAUAUUAAAUUAAAUCAUGAUCAUACCAUAAUAGAAAAUAUCAAUAAUGUUCAUCCAUAUUUUAUACUGGUUACUUAAGUGAUCCUUUCCAAGGCAGCCAUAUGUUUUCGUAAUGAACAUUAUUUCCAUACGAAAAUGAAAUGCCCCUUUCCAUAUUAUAUUGAUAAUUAGGCUGGUUUAAGACCUGGGUCCAUAUGGGGACCCCUUGCUGUAGCCAGUGUCUUGAUAUUAAUGAUUUUGUGGCCAUCGUCAGCUGAAUUAUUAAGUAUCUUUUCUGAAAUGUAAAUGUCGAAAUAUGGAAAUAGAAUAUGGCCACCAGGAAUUUCUCUUUUAGAUCACAUUUAUGUUUUGUUGUUAUGCAUUAUCAUGUAUCUUUAAUUUUAUUUGCACUUGACCAUGAAAACAUUCUGCCUCCAUAUUUUUCUCACACAAUGAUUCUUUCACACAUUUGACCUGUGAUGUAUCAAUGCCUCAAUAAAAAUGGACUGACAAAAAUUAAGUAUAGUUAUUAUAUUUAUUUUGAACAUUCAAGUGUUUCUUUCAUUUAAAUACACACCCAACAGAGGGAUGAAAUAUAUUUAAACAAGCUUACCUUAAAUGAGCUUUACCAAUACAACUCAUUGGGGGGGAAAAAAGGAAAUAAAUAAAAUUAAUAUAGUGUAUAGUGAGUUAUAAAUUGAUUUGCAUGUCAAUGAGUAAAAUAAAUAUUUGACCCUUUCGACUUAGUACUUGGUGGCAAAACCCUUGAUGGCAAUCAUAGAGGUCAGAUGUUUGCACACAUCUCAGGAGGGAUUUUGUCCCACUCCUCUUUGCAGAUCCUCUCCAAGUCAUUAAGGUUUCAAGGCUGGUGUUUGACAACUCAAACCUUCAGCUCCCUCUACAGAUUUUCUAUGGGAUUUAGGUCUGGAGACUGGCUAGGCCACUCCAGGACCUUAAUGUGCUUCUUCUUGAGCCACUCCUUUGUUGCCUUGGCUAUGUGUUUUGGGUCAUUGUCAUGCUGGAGUACCCAUCCACGACCCAUUUUCAGUGCCCUGGCUGUGGGAAGGAGGUUCUCACCCAAGGUUUGACGUUACAUGGCCUCGUCCAUCAUCCCUUUGAUGCGGUGCAGUUGUCCUGUCCCCUUAGCAGAGAAACACCCCCAAAGCAUAAUUUUUCCACCUCCAUGUUUGACAAUGGGGAUGGUAUUCUUGGGGUCAUAGGCAGCAUUCCUCCUCCUCCAAACAUGGCGAGUUGAGUUGAUGCCAAAGAGCCCGACUUUGGUCUCAUCUGACCACAACACUUUCACCCAGUUCUCCUCUGAAUCAUUCAGAUGUUCACUGGCAUUCCUCAGACAUGCCUGUACAUGUGCUUUCUUGAGCAGGGGGACCUUGCGGGCGCUGCAGGAUUUCAGUCCUUCACGGUGUAGUGUGUUACAAUUGUUUUCUUGGUGACUAUGGUCCCAGCUGCCUUGAGAUCAUUGACAAAAUCCUCCUGUGUAGUUCUGGGCUGAUUUCUCACCAUUCUCAUGAUCAAUGAAACUCCACGAGGUGAGAUCUUGCAUGGAGCACCAGACCAAGGGAGGCUGACAGUUAUUUUGUGUUUCUUAUUUGCAAAUAAUCGCACCAACUGUUGUCACCUUCUUACCAAGCUGCUUCCCAUUCCAGCCUUGUGUAUGUCUACAAUCUUGUCCCUGACAUCCUUAGACAGCUCUUUGGUCUUGUCCAUGGUGGAGAUUUUGGAAUCUGAUUGAUUGCUUCUGUGGACAGGUGUCUUUUAUACCGGUAACGAGCUGAGAUUUGGAGCACUCCCUGUAUAAAAGACACCUAGGAGACAGAAAUCUUGCUGAUUGAUAGGGGAUCAAAUACUUAUUUCACUCAUUGACAUGCAAAUCAAUUUAUAACUUUUUUGACAUCCAUUUUUCUGGAUUUUUGGGGGGUUAUUCUGUCUCUCACUGUUAAAAUACACCUACCAUUAAAAUUAUAGACUCAUGAAAUCUUUGGCAGUGGGCAAACAUUCAAAAUCAGCAGGGGAUCAAAUACUUUUUUCUCUCACUGUAAAUAAUUGGAAACAUUACAUUUACAUUAAUAUUAAACCUUUACAUUAUAGCACUAAUUAAAUGCCAGCUUUCCCUUAAUUGUUCUCACAUAUCACAAAAAUUAUAUAUUCUUCCAAAUUUAGUUCACACUCAUUAAUUAGUACUGAACUCCAAUAUGUUCAGACAUUCACACACACACUCACUUACACACACGUUUUGCUGCUGUUGAUCCACAAGAGGGAUAAAAAAACAAAUUUACCACAUAUUGGGGGGGAAAAAAAGCCGCCUUUACUUAAAAAGGCAGUCACAUUUCUCCAUGGAUCCAUAAAAGGUCACCCCAUAUAUUAACUAGUCCCUAAAAAUCUGUUUUUGCAAAAGAAAAUCUAGACUGUUAAAAAUAUGUACAGAAGCAACCUCUUUAGACAGGGUAUUCGACAUCUUUAUUCUGUUGACUUUUCUUUGCCAUAGGUGAAAACUCCUUUCCUCUUUCUAAUUUUGUAACCCGACUAUUUACUUUUUUUAGUUCCAUUGGAUUGAAAACCGAAUUGCAGAAAUUAGUUGAUUUGGAAAAAAAUAUCUUAGUAAGCUACAGAAGAUCUUUAUCCUAAAUUUUGCGAUUUGGUUUUCAAAUAAUUACAGUUUUAUGUUUGGUGAAUAAAUCUCUUUUUUACUCUUUCUCUGUGAAUUUUAUUGACAUUAUUUUUGUAUGAGCCUUAUGAUCAUAAGUCUGAAAUUAAGUUUAAAAAACACAAGACAAGGAGUGGACAUCAGGUGUGACUUAGUAAUUUUCUUCUGCUAGUGACCUUAACCCCUUAAGGACCAAACUUCUGAAAUAAAAGGGAAUCAUGACAUGUCACACGUCAUGUGUCCUUAAGGGGUUAAUUUUCUUUUCCAUUUUGGUUCUUUUUUUUAUUUUCAGUUUGCAAAUAUGUUGCUCCUGAUUUAUAAUAAAAAAACAGUUGCAAGAAUGCCCCCUUUUUUUACAUUUUUGUACCACGAUAGUAGCAGAUUGUUUGUAAAAAGUUAAAGGAACACUAUAGGGUCAGAAACCUAAACAUGUAUUCCUGACCCAACGGUGUUAAAACCAUAUUGCCUCCCUAAAUAUAGUAAAAUCUUACUUAUAUUCAAGUCUGCAGCUGCUAGCUCUGCCCCUAAUCCACCUCCUUGGCUGACAUCAUCAGAAGUGAUUCUCUGAGCCAGUCACAAUGCUUUACCGUAGGAUUGUCUGAGACUGUCAAGGAGGCAGAUCAAGGUCACAGUCAGCACAAGUCAAACACAGCCCUGGCCAAUCAGCAUCUCCUAGAGAUGCAUUCAAUAAAUGCAUCUCUGUGAGGUAAGUUCAGUCUCCACAAGCACACUGUGCAGCAUUUGCCCAGGAAGCACCUCUAGUAGCCAUCUGAGAAGUGGCCAAUGGAGGUGUCCCUAGGCUGUGAUGUAAACACUGCAUUUUCUCUGAAAAAAACAGUGUUUACUGCAAAAUGCCUGAAGGGAAUGAUUCUACUCACCAGAAUAAUAAGCUGUAGUUGUUCUGGUGCCUUUAGCGUUCCUUUAAACACAUCCAAGUUUUUAUUUUUUGUUUAAUCCCUUAAGGACCAAACUUCUGGAAUAAAAGGGAAUCAUGACAUGUCACACAUGUCAUGUGUCCUUAAGGGGUUAAAGGGACAGUAUACGCACCAGAAAAACUUCAGAUUAAUGUAGGGGUUCUGAGGCAAAGAGACUGUACCUGCAUGCUGACCAGUGUAACUGCUGCCUUUUUUGUGAGAAUGCAGUGAUUUCAGUGUUGCCUAAAGCCACCAUUUGUCGCUGUCACUUGGAUUUCCACUAGAUUAGAGUGACGUUUAGUGGCUCCACAUUCUGCAUGGAGAUGCUGAAUGCUCCCCAUAAAGAUGCAUUAAGUCAAUGUAUCUCUAUGCGGAGAUGCUGAUAGGUGCAGCACAGCGAUUGCCACGUUUGCUCACUAGCCGUCCAAUGCUAUCCUACAUGGAAGCAAUGGGUUGACUGAGAUGAUCAGUAAUGAUGAUCUAAGUCUCCUAAGCCAAACAAAAGCAUGUUGAGUCAGAACAAAAUAUUUAGUAAGUUUCUUAUAAAGAUCAAACACAGAGCAUAAAAGAAACGUCACAGAGCAUUGCAUAACCAAAUAAAGAAAAAGCAGGCUGGACAGAUCAAAAUGUCAAUUUCCUAAGAAAUCUGUUUAGUUGAAAACAUCUCAUGUUGUGAAAACACAGUUGAUGUAUAUGAGCGCUUAUUAAAGUGCAAGUGUUAUAUCGAUUGACUGUGCUAAAAUUUUUUAUAUCUUAGCUGCUACCACACUGUAAUGUGCAAUUCUCCAAAAAUCAUAUCAAAGACAGAAUUUUUUGUACCAGAUUCAAUGGAGCACUUAAAUAUGUGCAUACAAUAGUACACCUAGUGCAAACAAGGAAUAUAUAUAUCUAUAUAUACCGUAUUUUUACAUAUCCUUGAACAUCCAAUGUUGUGUAUACCUUUAAGAAAAAAACAAAAACGCAGAAAUAGUGCAGUACCCUUAUGUACACAAGUGUGAUAUACACAUAAAUUGAAACACUCACAUAUUCCAGAGCUAUAACCUUGCUCUGGGAGUUAUUUGCCUGUAGUUCCGUUUAGGCGACCUGCCCCUUUUUCUUUAUGGAGAGUAGUUUAGGAGUUUUCUUGUGUAUUCAGCAAUAGUAUGUGAUACCGUUUGUAACAAAUAUUUUCAUAUAAAUAGGUAAAAUACUCACAAGCCUGGAGCCUAGUAAUUGGCUCAGUUGAACAGCAGAGUAUGGUUAGGGACCAUACCACCCUUAGUUGUAGAAUGCAAGAACAUUAAUGGUUAAAAAAUAUAAAAUAGAAGGGGCAGAGCCAAGCAACGGAGUUGAAUGGCCGCAUGUUCACUGAACUCCAGGCCACCAAACAAAUUACCAAGCGAUUGAAGGGGUCUUUCACACCCCAAAACCAAGCUAACGGAGCCCACAGCACACCCUCAUGUUAUGGGGAGAAAGACCAAGAAGCCAAGGGCCGAGAAACCAAAUAUGGGCAUGAACAUCGGCGAUCUAUGGCGCCAAGCCCAGAGGGGAGCAGAGCCCAACAUGGCCGACCUCUCAGGCGACUCAGAGAUCUCUGAGGACUUCUCACUUGGAACACCAGAAGGUCAGACGCCUGAGCAGAGAACCAGUAAACCCACAACCCUUCACCUAGACUCGGCACCGGUGACGACGGCAAUCACAAAGGGCCUCUUAGCGGAGCUCCAACACACGAUCCAGGCCGACAUGGCCCAGCUCCGAGGGGACUUACAAGGCCUCAUGACCCGCAUGGGUGCUAUAGAGAGCGACACCCAGAAACAGGCCCAAUACACAACCCGUCUUUACACAGCCAUACAAGAGCUACAAACCCAACAAAGCAAAAUGGAUAAAAAGUGCAGAGCUGGAGGACCGGAGGCGCACACCGAACCUCAAGUUAAGGGGCAUCUCGGAGGAGAUCCCGGAGAAGGAGCUACCACACUUCCUACGUCGAUUUCUCACAGGACUGCUGUUACGACACGUACCGUCGGGUAGAUGAAGCCGCCGUUUAGGCAAUAAUCCCCUUCUCCAGAAAUGCAGUUUAAAUCCAGCCGAUCGCCAAACUCCCGAACGAAGUCCACGAACACGGCAACUCCCGAUCAGCCAAACAGUCGAACGCCUUCCACAGCUAGAAAUAACGAAAGCGCUGUCCCAGUAAUAAUUCCCCCACAAACGAGACCAAGCUCCGUCUUGAGGGUCAAAUGAAGUUCUGUUUAAUGGGGGCUACCUGCCCGGUAUUUAUGCAGGUCUCCACAAGGUGGACACUCCCCGAGGGGACCUUGUGGAAGACUGUAAAACAUAUUGGACAGUAGCCAAUCGCAGUGGCUUCAAUAAUAGCCCUUCCCAUCUGGCCCAUAAUUCCGUCUUCUCUACCUCGGAGAUAAUUGGGAAGAAACCCAAUUAUCUCUCAAGGUAGAGACAAUCGCCAUCUUGAAAUACAAUAACAAAAAUACAUUAAAAUACAUAACGACAGAAAUACCGAAUGCAUAUGGUUCGUGUAACGUAUCCCCAGACAGCCUGGAUCUGAGGGCAUGUUUUCACCGAACAGCGCUCCGAUCCGAUGUAUCUAGUCGAAUCGCCAUGGAUUCAAAGUCUUUCACCAGUCCUUCGGUAUACGAAUGACUCCAUGGGAUGGCUGUCGGGGUAAAAGUCCAUACGAAUGAAUAAAACUCCCGAACGACCGACGUUCGCAUGCCUUGUCGAAAAGGAAGGUAGGCAGCAGCUUUUCAGCGGUGUUCGGUAGUUUAAGUGUCCGUUUUUAGUUCCAUACAGUUUGUACCGAACACCGCUCUGUGUUCGUAUGUCCCAAAAUGGCCGCUGCCUCGUGGUCGACAUGCGAACGACGACCACCCGUACGAAUGGAAUGGAGAGGUGUCUGCGGUUAACCACAACGUUCUAAUUGGGGCCAAGAGGUUAACCAGCAGCACACUCCUCUCCUGGGUGGUCGUUCGUUCGGUAGUUUCAAUCGGCAUUUUGCAAAUUAUACGAACGGGGGUAUAUGAACAGGCAAUUCCGCGAACAAAGGGAAACAGACGAACCAACAAUGCAGAUGAAUCUGUCACAACUGCUAACCCAUAAGCAGGCCAAACAGGUGGGAGUGGAGGGGCUAUUCCGACUUCGCAAACCAACGACAGCACCAACGUCAGCGCCGAGAGAUGUCUUGGUAAAGUUCCACAGCGACAAAGACAAAACAGCUCUCAUGAACGCAGUCCGAAACAACUCACCAUACCCCUUCGAAGGAAUGCAACUGACGUUCUAUGCAGAUCUGUCCGGAAGCACCAUGGCGUGGAGGAGGUCACUUAAGCUUUUCACUGCGUUACUCCGAACCAACGGCUUCACUUACCGAUGGCGACUGCAACGCGCACUGGAGAUACUACACGGCACCGACACACACUCUGUCAGUGACCUCAAGGAGGCAGCCGACGUGCUACCUAAGCUGGCACUACCAACAAACGCCCUGGACACAGUGCGAUCGAGCACGGCGGCAUCCCUGCCUCACACCUGGAAUCCUUCAACAACACGUCCCUUCAUACCACGAGGAGCGCGACAAGAAGAACGGGCAGUUGUCACUACCUGAGCGGCUCCAGAUAGCCUGCAGAGAUAGGCCUGAACUUGCCUCACCACUGGAGUUGUGUUUUCAGUUAACUCUAUUGGAUCUCACUAAACUUUACGUUACCGUUUUUCUCUUAUGUUGAUGUUACCUACCACAUUUAGAUCCUCCACCACUCGCACGUCACCACUCUCCCCACCACACCACACAUAGUGGGGCACUACAUGACAAGCCACCAGACCACCAGGUCUCACCCUCACCACGUCCCCAGCACUAGCACUUUCUAAUGAUAGCACUUCGGAACUCGGAGCCUUCCAACCAUACACCGAGCCAAGUCACCCUGGGAAUAGAGCCCUUAUCUCCACGGGAAACCCCCCAGGGACACACGGCAACAACCCACAGCAAUCCUCACGGGGACCCUGUACACUAACCCACAAACCGGCUAUAGCGAUCAAAGAUAGCGAACCCGAAAUCACAAUCGGUACACUUUUUUUUUUAUUAUUAUUUAUUUUUUUCUUUCUUAUUUUCAUUUAUCUUUAAAAGCUUUCUCGGAAGGCACCAAUCUAGGUACCCUGUCCUGGGCUAAGACUCGGGAACCACCCCCGCGAGUACUGACACACAGGCACACCUACCUUGCCUGCGGCAAGACGGAGCCCUCAGCCCGCACAUCACAUACAGCACUUAUACAAUGCUACAAGCGUAGCAAGCAAGAGGCUUUCUCGAUGCCUGAGCUCCAGCCUAGGGCUAAUCUUAGUUACCACCCGUUUUCAAUCAGCACACAGCCAGACUUGGUUCUCGCAACGCAUAGCUUCCAUAUUAUCAGUUAUUCCACACGCAGACCACACAAUCCAAGUUCUUAUACAUGUUCCUAUGUUACAUUAAGCUCACUUAUGCAUUACAAAAUAUUAAAAUAUUGUGCAUAUGCUCAUGCCAGUGCUCACCCUGUAACCCUCGUGCGCGCUGUUGUGGCGCUUGAUUUAACAAUGUACUUACCUGCACAACAAAAAAACAAAACAAAAAAUAUAUAUAUAUAUAUAUAUAUAUAUAUAAAAUAAAUAAAAAGUAUAAACUUUAAAAAGUAUAUACUUUAUUAGAACUUACAAUUAAAAUAUCAAAUAGUAAUAUAAAUAGUCCCAGAGACACGUUUAGCCAGAAUGGCUUCUUCAAUCUGGUGCAGUACAUCUCCUGUUGUGAGGCAAGUUUUCUGAGAUGUUUUAUGGUAAGGAGCAGAAAACAUAAUUUCCGAAGUUCUUUAUUUUGCUGACACAGCAACCAAAUCAAAAUGUAAGAUAAGUGAUUUGUUAUGUAGAAGUGGAACUUGCAAAAAGUGUCAAUGCUGUAUGCGGUGAAACAUUAAUAUUGCUCACGUGAUCUUUUGGAUUGAUCUGUUGAUUGAUUUGCAUACUAAUGAUUUUUUUCACUAACCAGGUUAUUUACUAAAGGGAGAAUUCAAAGUGAAUUUCAAAUUUAACUCUAGAAUAGCCAAACAGAAAGUAUAUCUGACUUAGAGAAUUUUUCCAGUUUCGCUAUUUGGACCUUAAAAUAAUCCUGUUAAUGUAGUUGUUUUUUCUAUGUUUCUCGUAGGAAAAAAAUCAGUGUCUGAAUGAUUCAGUUGUGGAACUUUCAUCUCGCAUUGGACGAUUACAGGCCAGAGAAGAGGAGCUAACUACUCUGCUAAAACUCAAGGUAAUGUGCAUUGUGUGAGAACAAACAAAAAAACAAAAAUCCUUUAUUUCUUCGUCUAUAACGUAAAAUCUAGAUGUUUUUGAAAACUUUUGCAACAUUUGUAACCCGUGGAUAGAUUAUUCUUAAAGUCAUCCUAUUGAUCGGUUGGCUGACCUACUUUGACAUGUGCAGUGCAAUUUACCUAUUCCCCUCUCUCUUCAUCCUAAUGCUUACUCCUAGAGCACCUUUAUUCUUCAUUGUUACCAUUUGACUGAUAUGCUGUGUGUGUAUAUUGGGUUUUUUAGAUUUAGCCUUUUUAAGGGGUUCCCUCGAAGGCACAUUAGGUUUAGUACUGUUCUACUGUUUUCCCUUUAUCUACCUUAUCAAAGGAGAAAUCAUAGGAAAUCUCCCCCUUUACCACCGAUUUCUACACACCAGUAGCCUACCUUAAAGGGAUUCUCAAGUGCCAGGAAAACAAACCCAUUUUCCUGGCACUGUAGAAUCUUGGUGCCCCCAUCCCACGUCGCUGAAGGGGUUAAAACCCCUUCAGACACUUACCUGAAUCCAGUGCUGAUGUCCCUCCUCAUCGGAAAUCAUUAUUAAAUGCUUUCCUAUGGGGAUUCUGGCGACACUGGAGGUGUUCAUGCAUAGCUUGAGGACGUCCAGUGUCGUUAACAUGACCAAAAGUCAUCUAAGAAGCCAGAAGUCCCUCUAGUGGCUGUCUGGUAGACAGCCACUAGAGCAGGACUUAACCCUGUAAGGUGUAUAAAAACUGCAAUAAUUACACUUGCAGGGUUAAGGGUGAUGGGAGUUGGCACCCAUACCACUUCAAUGGGCUUAAGUGGUGUAGGUGCCUACAGUGUUCCUUUAACAGCUUUAAAUACAUAAUUGUUAUUUUGUCACACCAAUAGUUGUGAGCUUGAUACAUUGUUUCUACUUUACAUUGCCAUCUAUUAUCACAAGGGCAGUUAUUUAGUAUGUCUCUUGUUUUUAUACUAUACUUAUAUCUUUAUCUAGACUCAGCUUUUAAUACUAAUAAAGGUUUAUUUUUUAUAUCUAGUUAGGUACACACAAACUGUUUUUUAUUUUAUUUUUGUUCUGGUUAAUUAAAGGAUCACUAUAGGGUCAGGAACACAAACAUGUAUUCCUGAUAAAAAAACAGGGGGGUAGGUGCAGCGCUUCAUUAAUCCUUGACAAGGUAUAUGUGAAGAGAACCAGAGAAGGAAUAAUAGUGUAGUAUUUAAAACUGUAGGGGUGAUAAGUAAAAUAAAAGAUGUGCACUCACACUUUCCUGGAGCUUCAAUACAGCUCCAGUGUAUGCGCCUGGGCAGAAUAAUCCCCGCCUAUGGAUCAAGUGCAGAGGCAAUUCUACAAGUUAUAGGUGUGGUAGGGGGUAUCCUCAUAAAAAACAAACAAAUAAAAAUCGUAUAUGGUGAAGUAUGUAGAGCUAUGAAGCAAGGGUAGGUAAAAACUAUAAAAUGUGCACUCACGUGUAAUGGAGCCGUAAAACCUGGCUCCUCUGAUAGCGCUUGAAGUGGUAUGAUCCCCACUCAAGGAUACAGGUGUAAAUGCAAAUUCUUCCCUCUGUGUAUAUGUGGAGAUAAACAAACAGAACCACAAUAGUGUACACCGUAAAAAAGGAGUGUAAGCAGAAAUAAAUAAUUUAAGCCUACUCACAUGCUAAUGAGCAAGUUCCGGUUUGCUCAAUCCAAAGCGCUUGGGUGGUAUGAUCCCCACUAGGGAUAUAGCUCCAAACAAUCUGACAGCAGCAAAGUUAGGUCCAAUUAAAAAAGUACUUUAAUGUAAAAAAAAUAUAAUAAAAGAAAUACAAUAUAUAAUAAAAUAGUGAUAAAAAAGUUAUAAACAAUACACUUUAUGCGUUUCUCCUUGGAUAGGCUUUAUCAAAAGUGUUUUACAGAAUAAAUGGGACCUGAGCUGACCCUAUGGUGCUAAACUCACCAUAUAGGUGUCUUCCCUCCCACCUCCUUAGCCCUCCUAUAAAAGUUUAAAACUUACCUUAUUUCCAGCACCGCGCGGGUCCGACAUCAUCAAAAUGGGUUGAAGCAUUGGAUUGGCUAAAAUCGGUGCGGGGGCGGGGUCAUAUAUUUGACUUAUCAGAAAUGAUUUGUAAUGAAUUUUAUCAUGCCGCACCAGACAGCCACUAGAGGCUCUUCCCGGUCAUUAGGCGACUUUCAUUUGCCUAAUUGACGCUGUACGUCCUCGCGCUAUGCAUGAGGACAUGCAGCAUCCACUAAAACCCAAUAGGAAAGCAUGGAUUCAGUGUGUUCCGGGGGUUGUCCUAAUGCGAUCGCAGGGCUCGUUGCACCUGUGCAUUAGGCUCUGACAUUGGGGGGGCAAAGGUGGAUUCAGGUAAGUGACAAAAGGCGGGGGCGCUGGAGGUGGGGAGGGACGUGAGUGAAGGGGGCUCUAUAUAGGCUAGGAAUACAACAUUUUUCUAGUUUGAGUGCUGACAUUAUUGGAGUUUUUCACUACUGGUGGGGAAAUAUUUUGAGAAUAAGCAGCUGAACAACCUCUUAGAGAGUUCUUCUAUUUCCUUAUCACUUAGUCUUCAGCAUAGAAUUGAAAUGAUUAUUAGCUAGAAGAGCAACUAUAUUCUUAAAUAGAAAUAUCUCAAACUCUAUGUAUUUGCUAGCAUUUUUGUUAACCCCAUUUAAGCACGUUUUCUACGCUCUUUCAGUAGAGCACAACUAACUGUACCCAUGACAGGUUCAUUUUAAGCAUUAGAAAUGAUAUGCUAUGAGGACAAAUUGGACAAAAUAUGUAUUUUUAAUCUAGAAAAAUAAUAUCCAUAAGGUGCUAUUAGUUCUAUGAUGCUAAUACUUUCAUAUCCAACUAGAUUAUGUGUUAUUAAUAGUGUUAUUGGCUUUUACUAAGUUGUAAUGUGUAAAUAUUUAACAUUAUUAUUUGUAUAGUCUGUGUUUUGUCAAGUUGUGCUUCUCUGGUAAUGAUUUGUGCCAAGUUAUCUGGUUACAUAUGUUCAGUGAUGAAGGUAUUUAAGUAAAUAUUAAAUCUUUGGUCAGUAAAUAUUAAAUUUACUGACCAAAGAGGCUGACACUGAAGAGACUGAAAUUGGUAUAGGUGGGUACAAUCCUUUAAAGGAUUUCAGUUUUGUCAGGGUUUAAUGCAUUUUAAGUAAAUCAUAUUUCCUUUAGGAUAAGGACAUUAAUGAAGCUACCAAUCACAUUAAAGAGUUUACAUCACGGUUUAAAGAUUUGGAAGCAUCAUUGCGAGAGACCAGGAAUGGGGAAGCAUCUGCUAUCAAGGAAGCUGAAGAGCUAAAGCCUAGGUUGAAAGGACUGAAGAGAGAAAUUGACAAACUGAAGGGUAGGACUUUCAUCCCCAAAAUGUAAAACCAUUUUUGAGCUUUUGACAUUGUAAAGAUACAUACCUUUGCAUUACACCACUCAACUGGUGCCACUGCCUACCCAAGUGAGCCUCCCAGCAGCUACUCACCCUCAGAGAAUUACACCAGUGUUUCUGGCAUCAGAUGUGGUAGCACCCUUUUGUGACAUGAAGCCACACCCACUGCAUGUCAUCAUCAUGUCAUUGCUAAUGCCACUCCCCUUUUGGGGCGUGGUUUUCAAGGACAUGCCCUCAUGCCUAUAAAUACUUGGGCUUUUCAUCUGUUCAGUGCCCUGUUGUGGUUUUCUUAUGAUUUCAAUAGUUUUCCUGAGUAUCUGAUUUCCUGGUUAUCUAUCUUGGCUUGUCUGACUACUCUGAUUUCUGGUACUUUUUGACCUGGCUUGGCUUAUCGAUACUGUGUUUUCUGGAAUCCCUGUCCUCUGCUUGUUUUCCUUGACUAAAUAAUAGUAGAGAAAUAAAACCUCUUUCCUGGUACGCGUAGGUUUUAUUUCUCUACUAUUUCCUGGUACGCGUAGGUUUUAUUUCUCUACUAUUAUUUAUUUAUUUCCUUUCUAGCUUUUAUGGGGGCUUUCUUUUACCAGUAGAGAUCCUGCUUGUUCACCAUCUCUAUUUCUACCCAUCUGUCUCCACUCCCCAGGGUCAGUUUGUUCUGCCCACCAUUCACAGUUGUUUUCCUUGACGCUGAUAUUUCACCUGCUCAAGGCAUUGCGUAAAGCUCUGCCACUUUAAGGUCCGGUAAUACGCUACUGCCCUUUGAUCCUCUUGAUUAAAAUCGGUUUAAACUCCUCCAUAUUAUGAAUAUGGGGAAAGGUUUGCAAUGUUUCAUACAAAGUAUAAAGGUAAGGAAUUCUGCAUAGCUAUUUUUGCAUUUUGCUAUAUAUAAUGCAACUACAUGCACUGGACAUAUAUGAACAUCUACUAUUCUAGGUGCACACAAACAAUUGCUUAUUUUCCCAAAUGACCAUGCAUGUUUUAUUCAAUUAUAUUAUUAGCAUGAAAAGUUACAAAUUAUAUUAUGAAAUAUACAGUAUUUCAUUGGUUAAUGUUUGCAAUUACAAAGUGUUUGAUACAAUAAUUAACUUUUCUUCUGUUCAGAUUUAUUUAAAAACAGCACGGGGGAAACCUACAGACAUCUAGCCCCAGUUGCUGGAACCUGGGAGUAUGCCAGUCAUUUUAAUUGUUUCUUAAAUGUAUUGAUUGCCAUCCUUCUUAAAGGCAGUUCCUGUGUCACUAAAUGUAUUCUACCAACUAUUUAUUUUCACAGCACUGCAGACUAUAUUGUUGCUUUAAAACUGUACAUUUAAUAGUUUUCCUUAUAUAAUUUGUGUUUUUUAAGAUAUUCUGAACCAAAAGACUGUAGAGAAUAAUGAACAGAGGGAGGAAAUCAUUCGACUUAAGCAGGAGAUCACCUACUGGCAAGCUGAGCAGGCUUUUACAGGUGAGUAAAGUAAUUCUAUGAGAGUUUUUCCAAAUCCGUUAUUUUCAGAUUCAGUUUUGCUAUUGAGAUUUAUUUUAGAGAAUGAGAGGUAUUGAGCACUGUAUGUGGUGUCCAAUGGGAGAGCAGGACGCCUCUGUAUGCUGUGGUGGCAGAGACAGCUUUAGCCCUUGCUCUCUGAGUUCUGUAUUCAGGCAAUAGACUAUAAGAUGCCUCAUCAAAUCACUGCCUCUUAGCAUUGUUUCAGGAUGCAGCAUGGGAGUGAGAGGCACCAGAGCACAUAGAGCAAUACAGGUAGAUCUUCCAAACCAUUAGUAGAGAGACACAUUUUGUGAGGUAGGUUCCAUUUCUGUGUUGGCAUAGCAACCUGACUCCAGGGAUCAUAGCCAGACAUUAUAUAUUUCAUAGUAACUACAGACUGGUCUGUGAAGAAGUUUGUGUUAACACCAGUAAAGAUUAACUAGUAAAUACAUAAUCUUGGUAAAAUUCUGGAAUAGAACUGCCUAUGUUACUCUAGCACUGAAAACUCUUUGGUUGGUACGUGGGACAUUACAAUAUGUAAUCUGCAUAUUAGCACAUCGUGUGAUGGAAAAUUAGAUAUGUCUAUUUACCUUUGAAUAAUAUUUUAAUAUCUAUCUUAGUUUAUGUUUUGCUUGUGUGUUUGCUAUAGCUGAGAGGGAGAAGCGGAAAGAUCAACUAAUUCUGUUGGCAAAAUCAAAACAAGAUAGAUCAGAUGCUGAACUUCAAAACCUGCGACAGGUAGGAUUGUUUAUACACCUGUGAAAACACAUAAAGUUCCCAGGAUACAGUGAGAGAUAACUUUGGUGCAAAUAUAUACUAAUCAUGAUAAGCAAUGUUCAAGCUUUUUUUUUUUAAUGUUGUACAAAUACAUUUUUCGCUCACAAGGGGAGGCCUUCUUGUUACCUUAUUCACUAUGAUUUGUAAGUAUGUUAAUAAGAGAACUUUACUGUUUGAAACCAUUCUGGUAGCAUGCAGCUUAGGUGCAAUUCAUUCAGAAACACCAUGUUUGAGAACAGGCCUUAGUUAACAGCAUCAUCAAUGCCACUGGGCCACGUCUGUGCACUUCAUAUUGUUUGAAUUCCAUGUGAAAGUUUACUGGAAGACCAUUUAGAGAUCUUACAAUAUAGUACCAUGAUUACUCAUGUAGCCAUAAUAAGGUAACUUUGAUCACUAAUGUAGAUAUCAUGGCAAUGUAGAGUAUGCUGGAAUAUGUAUUUGCCCUAGAAAGAACAGAGUUUGCCACUUAUUGCUUCUAAACGUCAUGUCUAUAAGUGUAUCAUUACAGCUGCAAAAUUAACCACAAAACAAAAACAUGACACAUGUGCCCUCAAACAUCUAGGCCAGUAUUAUGAGCCAAACUGAAAAGCUCAAGCAUCCACAGACUAAUAUUGAAUUUGCUCCAAAAGCUUCUCCCAAUAUCCAGUCCUUGUUGGUGGUUGGUUUAGAGAUUUUAUAGCAGGUUUUAGUUCAGAUUUAUCAGACAACAUUAAUUUGUAUAGUCGUAUUUAGGUUCCUUGGAGCAUGGAGUAAUUUUUUUAAAAGCGUGGGAAUACCAGAGAUUCUUAAAGGGACACAAUAGUCACCAAAACAACUUUAGCUUAAUGAAGCAAUGUUUGUGUAUAGAUCAUGCCUCUGAAGUUCCACUGCUCAAUUCUCUGCCCUUUAGGAGUUAAAUCGCUUUUGUUUCUGUUUAUGAAGCCUUAGCCACACCUCCCCUGGCCAUAACUGACACAGCCUGCAUGAAAACAAAAUAGGUUUUCAAUCAGAUGUAACUCACUUCAAAAGGUUUUAUUUCCUGCUAUUUAAAUUGAACUUUAAUUACAUACAGGAGGUUCCUGCAGGGUCUAGCAAGCUAUUAACAUAGCAGGACCUAAGAAUAAGAAACCAGAAUUUGCAAUAAAGGAAAUUUAAACAUUAAAUGUUUCUUUACAUGAAGUGUUUAGGAAAGCAGUGUACGUCACAUGCAGGGAGGUGUGCCUAAAGCUGCAUAAACAAAGUGCUUUAACUCCUAAAUUGCAGAGAAUUGAAUAGUGGGACUGCAGGGGUAUGAUCUAUACACCAAAAGUGCUUAAUUAAGCUAAAGUUGUUUUGGUGAUUACAGUGUCCCUUUAAAUAAUGUACAAUAAAGAUAUUAACACCAGAAAAUAUAUUAUCUGUGAAUGAAAGCUAAUCUUUCUUGACAGGGACCACUUUGAAUAUAUGAUGCUUGAAGUGCAAUGAUUUAUUUGUAAUUAAAGUAUUUAUUGAAUAGUUUUUAAUACAGCAAGAAAAAAAAAAGUAAUUAGUCACAUUUACAUAUGUGCCAUAAAACUAUUUGAAACAGAGCAUAUUUCAGCUCAGAUAUUCAUGUCCAGGAGGUAUGAACAUAAGAACCACACCUCAAAAAUAGAAGAGACAUGUUAGAAGACGGAGAAGGAACAAGAGAAGAAAAGAAAGGAGAGGGAGGAAAGAAAGAAGGAAUAAUGGCAGGGAUUUCUUAAACUACAUGAUAUAAGUGGCUUUCCAUGCAUAACUUGGCACAUGAUAUAAAUCACUGCGACCCCCAUGAUGUCAUGUCUGCUGGCCUGUACGGGUGAAUGCACAAAUAUGUUACCAUGAAACAACUGCCCAUGCAUGCAUGUAUAGCAUUUUAGAAAAAGAUGCAUGCACGCUAGGGAUCUUGGGAAGAUGGCAGCACCAGCACAUGGAAGUGUUGAGGAGGUAAGUCUGUAGUGUAUUAUGUACUUACCUCCACUCCACUCAUUUCUUCAGUAGAGUUUAUUCUGGGAAUAAAAAGAAUAAACAUCACUGGCAGAGAACUAACAGCUUAACUUUUCACACUCUAAACACCAUAGCAACCUACCUCAUGGUAUAGGUAAUGAUACAAUGAGGUCCUUGCACACGGUGGCUUAUAACUACCGAUAUUUGCUGGAAAGGGAUUUUACAAUAUAUAAGGUCAGACCCCAUAGACCAGAUUAGGUGGUUAGUGAUCUUCCUAUUCUGGAAGGGAGCUGUCUGCUUCUGCCGCUUGCCUGUGAAAGAGCAGCUGCUUAACCAACGUUUUUGUUGUACUUUUUUUUUCAUUGCGUUUAUGCAUUAGCUAUAUGACACAUUAAAAAUAGUGGUUACUACCUGUUUUGGGUCUUAUUUCCUUCUGUUAAAGAAGCAAACAUUAUAAUAUUAGUGGUUGGUACCACUUUUAAAUAAAGUUUUAUUUUGCCAACAUAUUAACCCUUCUUAUAAGCUUACAGAUUAAUUUGAGUGUAACCUUUAUAGUUUGCUAUUUUUGUCUGACAUAAUGUGUCUUAUGCUCGUUCUUCAGGUUUAUAUGAAACAGCACAAUGACCUACAGUUUCUCCACCUGAGUUUGGAGAGCUCCCAGAAUUUAAUGCAGAAUCAAGGACAGAAAGCUGAUACAAGGUAAUUACUUUCUGAAGAUUUCUUAAUAUACAGUUAUUCACUAUUUCAUUCUUUUCAGCUUUCAUUCACAGAUAAUAUAUUUUCUGGUGUUUAUAUCUUUAUUGUACAUUAUUUAAAGAUGUAACAGCAUAGUCAAAUGUGAAACGUAUGUAAUAAAUCUGUAACAUACAUCUUUCAUAUGUUUGCAGAUGGUUUUAUUAUAAUUUUUAUUAUUAUAAUUCCUUUAAUAAAUGUUUCUGGUUGGCAUCAAUUAGACAGUCUAACAGUCUUGCAUUGUGUGCUGUCAAGUGACUGGUCAGAUCUGAAACUUGGAAAUAUUUUUUUAAGGAUAAAUAUUUUUACCAUUUUUUUCAAAAGUCAUCUUUGGCAACAGUUGUCCUCUUUUUUUCAUUCACUUUGAAUUUCUUACAAUAAGUUGUAGUUAUCGUGGGUAGUUAUCAGAUGUAGUCCUUCUGACUGAUGAGUAAGUGAACGUCUUUGUGACAGAGCUCCUAUACUCCGACUGAGUACCUCUGCCCAGUCCGCUUCCUAGCCGCUUGCAGUGACCCUGGAACGUUUCUGCCCCAGUCGCCGAAGCUUGAGGUCGGAAGACUCUGUCACUGGAAUCCUUAAAUAUCCACACAGGACACCCAGUUCCAAAUGGAACUAACAUGCAAUACUUUUAAAUCGGAACUGGCCCAUAUGUUCAUUACAGCCUCCACAGCCAAAUCCACCUAGUUAAUUCCAAUCAUUAACAAGAGAGGAGGGCACACAAACAUUUAACACUAAACAAUUAUCUUACACACACCCUGCACAUACAAAAGGCACAGGAUGACUUAAACAUAGGAAUCAUCCAGGAAUCUAAUUGAAGUGUCCAUCUUAUGCUCCCAGUGAUGGUGACUACCGUCACAGUCAAAAAUAUACAUAAUAGUAAGAUAGAGAGCAAAAUAAAGCAUACAUCAGAAGAAGAUAUGAUUAUGAAACUCCUUUGGCAAGCAAAAGAAUUAAAGCAGCACUGUCAAUCGAUUCCUCUUCUCUCUCUCUGUCAGAAUCUGUUCAUUUCUUCCUGUAGGGGCUAUUUGUCUUAUGGAGGUUUCCUACGCCUGACCAUCAAUGACCAGCGAAGGAGCAAAGUGUGCUCCGUUUCCUAUGGUCACAGAAAUUUUCUCAAAAUCCUUACCUUUCCUCCGUGAUCUCGUGAUGCCUCCUGUCAUUAUUCCCGAAUGUCCUGUCAUUUAGACAGAAUUAGAGAUCGACCGAUAUUGAUUUUUUAGAGCCAUUGCCGAUACCGAUAAUCUGUUAACUUUCAGGCCGAUAGCCGAUAACUUGCCGAUAUUCUGUACAUUUACCAUUUUGAAAAAAUAAACUAUUUCUAAAAGGUAAACGCACAAAAUAUUAGAGCCACAUGCACUGGAUGCAGUGUGUUUAGACAGUGGAGCUGUGUAUAUUUGUGUAGUGUAUAUAUAAUGAAUGCAGGGUGUGUUUGUGUAGUGUGUAUAGUUAAUGUGACUGUGUGGUGUGACUGUGACUGUGUGGUGUGUAUAUAAUGAAUGCAGAGUGUGUGUUUGUGUAGUGUGUGGUGUAUAAAGGGAAUGCAGUGUGUGUGUGUAGUGUGUGUAAAGUGAAUGCAGUGUUUAGUGUGUAUAGCGAACGCAGUGUGUGUAUAGUGAAUGCAGUGUGUUUGUAUAGUGUGUGUAUAUAAUGAAUACAGUGUGUAGUGUGUGUGUAUAUAAUGUAGUGUUUGUAGUGUGUCUGUGUAUAUAUAUAAUGCAGUGUUUGUAGUGUGUGUAUAUAUAAUGCAGUGUUUGUAGUAUGUGUGUGUAUAUAAUGCAGUGUUUGUAGUGUGUGUGUGUAUAUAAUGCAGUGUGUGUAGUGUAUAUAAUGUAAUGUGUGUGUGUAUAUAAUGCAGUGUGUGUGCGCAUUAAACACACACACACACUACAUUAUAUAGACACACUGCAUUAUAUACACACACACACUAAAUUAUAUAGACACACUACACUAUAUACACACUCUGCGUUAUAUACAGAGUGUGUAGUGUGUGUGUAUAUAAUGCAGUGUGUGUGUGUGUUUUCCUGAAGGGAUGUGAUUUGUGUAAAAUGGGGGGGAAGGCAAUUUUUUAUUUUAAUUUUUAAUGUUUGUUUUAUUUUUUUUAAUAUUUAUGUUUAUUUGAAUUUUUAAUAUUUGUUUAUUUUAAUUUUUAAUAUUUAUGUUUAGAUUUUUAUGCUUAUUUUUAACAUUUAUGUUUUAUUAUUUUUGUUGUCCCCCCUCCCUGCUUGUUACCUGGUCAGGGAGGGGGGAUAUGACAGUCCCUGGUGGUCCAGUGGCAUUGGCUGAGCUGGGGGGGGCCGCAGGUAGCGUUUACUUACCUCCCCUGCAGCUCCUCCAGCUCCCAGUGUAAAUCUCGCGGCCCUUAGUGCCGCGCAGAGCGUUGCCAUGGUAACCCGUGGCAACGCUCUGACGGCCGCGGGUCUCGCGAGACUUACACUGGGAGCUGGAGGAGCUGCAGGGGAGGUAAGUAAACGCUACCUGUUGCCCCCCCCAGGACCGCCGGGCUUGUAAUGAGCCUGGCGGUCCUAGGAGGUAUUAUCGGCAAUAUCGGUAUCUCUAUUGGCCGAUACCGAUAUUGCCGAAAAUACCGAAUAUCGGCCGAUUAUAUCGGUAAAACCGAUAAUCGGUCGAUCCCUAGACAGAAUGCCAGCGAAACUACCAAAUUUCAUCCUAACAGAAUGAGAACAGUUUCUCCAUUCGUGUUAGGAUGCAAUUCGGGACUUUGUUUGGAUCGGAAUUUCAUUAAUGACUAUGGGGAGGUACCUAUUGUCCUCCCCCACCCGGCCCCACCCAUGGGCGACGAGUGGGGGCUAAAUGUAAUCCCCCCAGGUGACUAGGGGUCCCCAAGCCCCUAGUCACCUCUCCCAUCCCAAUUUCUUUUUAAUAAAGAUCUACCUACCCCCCUCAACCUAAAAAUAGUAAUGGGGGGACAAGAAAACUAAAUACAUGUAAAUAAAAAAUAACUUACCAUUUGAUGUCUUUUUUCUAAAAUCUUCUUUUUACAGACUCAAAAAAGGCCAAAUAAAUAUCCAUAAUUCCCGUCGCAACUGUUUCAAUAAAAACAAACAAAAAACCUGACGCUAGAAAAGUAAUCCAUUUUCACCCAGCGAGGGCUCUGCACAGACUGAGCUCCACAGGGCAGAAAAGGCUUAUAAAGCCUACCCACGCCCUGCGUGACUUGGAGCACUCUGAUUGGUUGAUUCCAAGCCAACCAAUCAGAGUGCUCUGACAGGUAAAUAAAGAGACUGACAGGUAAGUCUCUACAUUUACCAGUCACAGCACUCUGAUUGGUUGGCUUGAAAUCCAACCAAUCAGAGUGCUCUGUGUCAUUUUACACAGCGUGGGAAAGUUCUUUGACAUUUUCCCAUGCUGUGUAAUUUGACUCAUAACACUGUGAUUGGUUGCUUUCAAUUUGAUGGGUGGGUGCCGGUUGGUAGGACAAUAGGUCGUGUCCCCCCAUUUUCAUUUAGGGCCCCAUCCGCCGCUUAUGGGUGGGGCCGGGUGGGGGACACAGUAGGUCCCCUCUCCCCAUUUUAGGUGUAUUAAUGAAUAGAUUAAAUUCCCGUUCGCAUGCCCAGGUAUUUAACUGGGCAUGCUCUGUAAUUUCACAGUGCUAUCUGGUGUGGGCAGAUGACGUGUCCCACAGGGACUUCAUCUACUCACACAAAGAUGGCGGUGCCCAGGACCUAGGUACGGGCACGAAAUAAAGAUGCAAAGAUAGUUAAGAUGGGGGGCUUAGGGGCAUUUGGGGGUGACUAGGAGGACAAUUAGAUGUAGUGGAGUCGGGAGGGGGUUUUAAAAAAAAACAACAAAAAAAACGAUAUUCGGCCAUGACUGUGCCACUUUAACUAUCUUUCAGGAUAGGUAACUCAACACACAGAAUAAGAUCACACAAGUACAGGAAAAAUAGUAUUUAGCAGUAUUUGUUACCAGACCUAGGAGUGGACAAGCUUAACAAGGGGUAGAAAUGUCAAAUAACAGGAGACUAAAUCGAUAGACAAGCCAAGUUCAGGGAUACAGAGCACAAGGUGGUCGAAACAAGCCAAGAUCAAUAGUUAGGAAUCAGAGUACAGAACACAUGCAGUCAGGGAUAACCAAACUAGAAAUCAAAACAGGGCACUGAACAGAUGUAAAGCUCAAGUAUUUAUAAGCCUGGGGGUGUGUCUUUGAUAGCCACGCCCUCAAAAUGUGAGUGUAGACAGACGUGAUGAUGAUGUCAUGAAGUGAGCCGGGCUUAAUUACACAAAAUGGGCGGAAAUACUGCGACUGGCUUCACAUAUGCUGGAAAAGGUAUCUGAUGGUCUUAAACUGAUGUGGUACCUGCUUGGGGAGGUAAGGGCACCAGGUGAGUGCUGUAGAGCAAGGGUAUGUAUCCUUACACUUUCCGAGAUUUCACAUGCAAAUGGCUAACAGAAAAAAAGAACCCAAAAAACUAUUCCAGACCAUAAUCAACAACUCUCAACAACUAAUUGCUGGAUGGAUUUUGCCAGCUGCCUACUUGAAUGCAGCUUCAUCAGCAAAUCCUUUUCCUUCAUUCUGCUCCACCAUUGUCAGAGAACUGCAUCAGAUCUAGAGAUCGUGUUGACUUAAUUAGCUGUUUCCUUUCAGGCAAAUUUUGCGGAUCUCGGCACAGGCAUCCACCAUAUUGGUGCCUGUGUACAAGACUUCGAAGGAAUACAGGGAACAAACUUAUAUGCAAAUAGCAGCAUUAUAAUCACUGCCGAACUCUCCUUUCAAAUUUAUUAUUUCCAAAAAUAUAAAGAGGAUAUAAAUGACUAGACAGAGAUAACAAUUUAAGGAUCAGAAGUGUAGCGGAGCUACUAUACCCUGGCUGGGUAUCUCUGCUGGAGUAUCCCUCAAGCUGGAAGAAAGAGCUGAUAAGUGUUUUCCCCACACAUCAGACGACACCUGAUGUUGGGACAAUGACAAUCUUUUUUGGCACAAGGAGAUCUUUUAUACACAGACAGAGGGUUUCCAUUGUUAACAUAGCUAGUCCCUCCCUGGUGUCUCUGUGUAUGGGAGAUUAUUUAGUGAACUCUUGAUAAAAUAUUUAUCUCCUGGAUACAUUGACAAAACAACCCCCAACAACCCACAAGUCAUACACCAUUGUAAAAGGUCUGGUCCAAGGGCCCAUUCCUUCAAAAGAGCAUUUGGAUCCAUAAGGAUUUGGGGAAACGCCACCGGAUUAAAAGCCAUUUUACAGGAGCUCUUGUGCAGUGGAAAAAAGGAAGCUCCCCCUGGCUUUCAGUGAGGGAUGGGUCAACAGUGUCCAUUGUACUUUCCCUCCAAUUAGCUCUACAUAAUCUACCUUCCACUUUUUUUUUUUUUAAAGAGAGCAAAGGUGGAAAUCUACCACAGGAGAAAUUCAUAAUGACCAUAUUUACUUAAGAUAAUAUAGAUCCUUGAUAGCACUUUUUUCAACAGUGAACCUAAUAGAUACUUUUCUUUGCCUUAUUGUUCUAGUGAUGGUUCAUUAGAUCUUAAUUCCUUGUCUCUGAGUACUCCUGAGGUAGAUGGGAACCUAUUAAAUGCUCAGAACCUUCACGACAAUCUUCUUCCCGAACUGAAGCUUCCAUUAAUGCAAUCAACACUCAAAGACUCAGUAUUUCACAGAAGCCAAGUAAGUAAACGCAUAAUCAAAUAUUUACUUAUGGGUUUCUUUUGCAUACACGUCUUGCACAUGAUUCUUUGUGUGUUCAUAUCAACUGCUUUGUAAAUAGCCCUGGACAUUUGUGAAUUUACCAUUAGAUUUUGUUUUAAAGGAACACUAUAGGGUCAGGAACACAAACAUGUAUUCCUGACCCUAUAGUGUUAAACCCACCAUUUAGGUGGCCUGCCCCCCCUCAGGCCCCUUCAAAGGAAUUAAAACUCACCUUAUUUCCAGCGCCACACGGGUCCGCCGGCACUGGCCCCACCCCCGCCCCGGCUCCUUGAUGACAUCAUCAGAAUUGCAGAUUUUUAGCCAAUCCAAUGCUUUCCCAUAGUCAGCACUUCUUCAUAGAGAUGCAUUGAAUCAAUGCAUCUCUAUGAGUAAAAUUCAGCAUCCACCUUGCAGAGCGUGGAGACGCUGACCAGCAGUGCUGCUUACUGUGCAGCACUGCCCCAGGAAGCAUGUCCAGUGGCCAUCUGAGGAGUGGCAACUUGGAGGUGUCCCUAGGAGCAAUGUAAACACUGUCUUUUCUCCGAAAAGGCAGUAUUUGCAUGAAAAUUCCUGAAGGCAAUGAUUAUACUAUACAUUAAGCUGUAGUUGUUGUGGUGAAUAUAGCGUCCCUUUAAGGUAGAGAGAUUUCUAAUUAACAUUAUCAAAACGUCAUCCAAUAGCGAUUCUAAUUUGUAGGAUUGUUUCUAUUAACAGUGGUUAUGUAACAAGUUUAUGAAAAUUAGAAAGAUUUGUAAGAUUUGUGUUGUUUUAGAUAAAAAAAAAGUUACAUGUUUUAGAUAUAUGAAAUCUAAUCAAUUUAUUAUUCAUCUGGUUAGAAGUGCGGGCUAGACCUCGAACCCCACAUCUCCUUCUAAUGUUCCUCUUUACAGACACACAGAUUGCAAAUACACCACUCUCCUCUUGGUCUCCAGCCUUUUAUUUUUGUUCUCUAAAAUGUUCACUAUAAUAUGUAAUUAAUGUUCUGACCUCUUCCUUGGCAAUCUCUGCUAUUUCUACCCACUUGCUUUAAAGCAAUACCUUUUUCUUUUUUUUGAGCUUCUCCUUGAAAAUUUCAUUGAUCAGCUUACACUGAAUAUUACACAGCCAAAUGAGUGAAUGAUUUUCUAUCCUUGAACUAAUUUUCACAAUGGCAUAGUGAGCAUUAGAAUCUUACCUAAAAUCAGUCCUAAGUUGGCAUUACAUAUUUCUGUUUCAUCAAGAAAUCUUGUCCAUAAUUUAACACAAUCCACUUAAUGAGUUAGGAGGACUAUUUUGUCAAACAUGAUUUACAGCAAGUUCUACAAUGGAUGUUGUUUACAGCAACUCAAAACAUUUUGAUCUCGUGGAGCCUGUUGAUAAUUUAUUUAUUUUUUUAAAUGUGGGCGCAGGCCUCCACCUAUGUUCCUUACUCCAGCAGUUCCCAAAGUGUGUGCCGUGGCACCCUGGGGUGCCACAAAAUGUUUCCCUGAUCCUAUUAUUUCUAGCACCGGGUAAACAUUACUACUAAACAGGGGCCCGGUCGGGUGCCGCGGUCCUUUAAGACUGUGACCGGGCAACUGUAAUGUCGGCCGGCUGGGAGGAAGUGACAGCCUGUCAAUUCCUCCCAGAGUCAUGCAGGGAGAGAGCGCGGGAGGGAGACAAGGCAGCCACAGCAGGAGGGGAGAGGAGCACGAAGAGCUUCAGACCCCUCACUCCCACCAACCAGCAGCCGGACUCCAAGCCACCCUCCUGGACACACAAGGUAAGCUAACAGGAGGGUGGCUGGAGAUAUUAAAAAGAUCACUUGUGUGAGUGUGUGUGUGUGUGUAUAUGUGUGAGUAUGUACACACGGUGUGUAGCUGCACGUCAUGGAAGAGGGCUGGAGGCUUGGAGCCCCGAGCUGCAACACGCCAUAUCCACGCUGCGUGUAUGGCGAGAAAUGCUAAAUGGCAGGGGAAGCCUAACAGACUAAAAACCCAAGAUCGACAUAGGUGAACGGGGAUGUAAUCUCCUGCUGCAAUCUGUCCUGUCCUAAUGUGUUUUACACCCCACCUCCUAUAGAAUGUAAGCUCGAUUGAGAAGGGUCCUCUUCAACCUAGUUUUAUUUAAUUUUUUGUAAUUGUCCCAUUUAUAGUUAAAUCCCCCUCUCAUAAUAUUGUAAAGCACUACGGAAUCUGUUGGCGCUAUAUAGAUGGCAAUUAUAAUAAUACGGAAAGGUAUCGAAUGGAGACAGAAUAAAGAAACCGGCAACGGGCACCUCAAAAAGGAGAAACCUGCAGUGGCUAGUGGAGCUGCAACAACAUACUUGGACAAAUUAAGAGUCUUAAAAAAAAAAGUGUGAGUAACCACUAAAUUUCCUCAUUAUUAUAUUUCAGAAUAACUGGCAUUUUUGUAACACCAUAAAAGGUGCAGGACCCCCCUGGGCCGCUCGAGCCUCCAUAGCAUUCCUCCAGGAGACCCACUUCAGGGGUGGGGCGGGACCCCUUCUUCGAGACCAGAGGUUUCCGACUGGAUACUUCGCGAACCAUCAGCUGGCAAAGAAGGCAGGGGUGGCGAUACUCAUUGCGCAGCACGUGCCGUUCAGCUGUGUGGAGACCAAGGCGGACCCGAAUGGCCGCUAUCUAUUCCUAAAAGGCACGAUAGCUGAUAGGACAUACACACUGGCGUCCAUAUACGCCCCGAACACGGGCCAGCACCGCUUUCUCUCCAGGAACCUCCGGCUACUAGACCAGUUCAGGGAGGGGGUCCUUAUUGUAGCAGGUGACAUCAAUGUCCCUCUGGACCCACGCAUGGACACCUCAAGGGGACACAGCUCACACUCGGGCCUAUGUAUCCGAAUGGUGGGCAAGGCGCUGCGUGCCACGGGAUUGGCCGAUACCUGGAGAGUUCUCCACCCGGAAGACAGGGACUUCUCCUUCUACUCGCAAGUGCAACACGGCCACAGCCGCUUAGACUAUAUCUUGAUUGCUCAGGAAUAUCUACACCUUCUCCAGUCUUGUGACAUCCAAACAGCGGUCUGGUCAGACCACGCCCCAGUCCUGACUACGAUCCGCUCACCUCUGUUUAAACCCAGUUGUAGACAAUGGAGGCUGAAUGAACAAGUCCUUGAGGACCCCCUACUUCAAGCGGAAACGAGAGCGGUUCUCUCUCAAUACUUCGCGGACAACCAUGCUCAGGACACCUCGCCCCAGAUAAGAUGGGAGGCCCACAAAUGCGUUCUGCGGGGUCAUUUCAUAAAGCUCUGCUCGCGACGCAAAAGGGAACAAAACGCUAGAUUGAAAGACCUCUAUGCCCGAGCUUCGCAGUUAGACCAGACGCACAGGUCAGACCCGACGGAGGACAAUUACCGAUCUUUACUGGAGGCGAGGAAAGAACUGAAGAGCCUGCUAUCCAGGACCCUCUCGUAUAUGCUCCGUAAAUCCCGCAGAUUCUUUUAUGAAUAUUCCAACAAAUGUGGGCGCCUGCUCUCUAGAAUGCUAUAAAAGAAGCGCCGAAUGUCCCAAAUAACCACCCUGCAAAAGGCGAAUGCGCCCCCUGUACGCAGGCCGGAUGGCAUAAUGGCGGAAUUUCAGGAGUUCUACACCAAACUAUACAACCUGCCGGGGGACUCUGGGGAGGGGGCUUCCCGACAGCGCCUAGAUGGGAUUCGGGAAUAUCUGGAACAGCACGUGACCCGGAAGCUCACGCAGGCUCAGGCCGAAAACCUCGAUGCCCCCAUCACCUUGGAAGAGCUCUCAGGAGCCCUCAAGGCCGCGAAGAUGCAUAAAGCCCCAGGACCGGACGGCUUUCCCGUGCGAUACAUACGCACCUUCGGGGAGAUUCUCCUGCCGGAGCUGCUGGAGUGCCUCAACUCCAUUUUGGAGGGUGGGAGGUUCCCUGAGGAUACCCUCAUGGCUACAGUGGCAAUGGUGCCGAAAGACGGGAAAGACCCUACCUCGUGUGCCGGUUACAGACCUAUCUCUCUACUCAAUGCGGAUCUCAAGCUAUUCACGAAGAUUCUAGCCCGCAGAGUGGGGGUGGUGGCUCCAGACCUGGUUCACCCAGAUCAGACCGGGUUCAUCCCGGGGCGUGAGGCAAAGGAUAAUACCAUCAGGGCCCUCAACCUCAUACAUGCCACCAAGGGAACAGCAGGCGGGGGCCUCCUGCUCUCCACGGAUGCCGAGAAUGCUUUUGAUAGAGUACACUGGCAGUUCCUGAGGGAGACCCUACGGGUAAUGGGCUUCGGCCCCAACAUUCAGACCUGGAUAGCUGCCCUAUAUGCGACCCCAAGUGCCCGCCUGCGGAUAAACGGCGCCCUGUCCCCAGUUUUUUCAAUUGCCAAUGGGACGCGGCAGGGAUGCCUCCUGUCCCCCCUCCUGUUUGCCCUCACGCUCGAACCAUUUUGGCGGCGGUCAGACGGGACGGGGGUAUCACGGGGUUCACUGUGGGAGGCGUUGAGCAUAGGGUAGCUGCAUACGCAGAUGACCUGCUAUUUUUUAUUGCAAACCCGUUGGUGACACUGCCAAAUCUACUUCGGGCCUUCCGGGUCUAUGGGGCGCUCUCCAACUUCAAACUGAACACGGACAAGUCCGAGGCGAUGCCGCUUUGUCUACCCCCAGACCUGACGUCCCAACUGAGGGCGAAUUUCCCCUUCAGAUGGUGCCCACAGCGCAUUAAAUACCUUGACAUCUGGCUGAUGACGGACUUGACCAGAUUGUUCCCCGACAACUUCCUGCCCCUCUUGGCGACACUUGGGAUGGACAUGAAGAGAUGGGGCGCGACUUGUGUGUCCUGGUUUGGGACGUACCCGACACCGAUAAGCAAUGGGUCCACCUAGAACGCGCACAAGUCAGAGAGCGCAUACCUUGGGUCACGUGGCUACUACGGCCCAUACAGACGAGGGACAUCCGGAGGCACCCGCUCAUAGGGGCAACUCUGCAAGUGUGGGCUACUAUCCGCUACAGGUUGGGCCUAACGACUAGUCCAUCCCCGCUACUCCCGGUGAUUUACAACCCCGAGAUUGCUGGAGGGCUGGCGCCGAGAGACAUCACAGGCAUAGGAAGCCCGGACAAACCAUACUUAGGGGACUGGUGCGCGGAGGGACAGCUGAAACCCCUGGAAGCCCUGGCCCCCAUGAUGCCCUUACCUGGGCUGACUCGAUUCAGAUACCAACAAGUUCGGCAUUUUUACCAAUCUCUACCGGGCAAACAGCUGGUACAUAGGGAGCUGACCGGCUUCGAAUCCCUCUGCGCGGAGGGGAGGCGCAUACCUAAGGGGGUCUCCACACUGUACUCCAUGCUGCUGAAUGCAGCUCGGAGCCCCCCGGCACCAUACCAAUCUAACUGGGAACGAGCCACGGGUGUCACUCUCGCGGACUCAGACUGGGAGAAGAUACACACCCUCACGCACCAAGGUACGACCAGUGCGAAACUGCAAGAGAUGAACUAUAAGCUCAUGACAGGGUGGUAUCGGACGCCCUCACAACUCUUUCGGAUGGGCCUGUCGCCAACGGCCAGAUGUUGGAGAUGUGAGUCCGAAGACGGCACGGACCUGCACAUUUGGCGGUCCUGCCGUCUCAUCGUACCCUUCUGGCAACAAAUACACACGAAAUUACGAGAGCUACUGGACUCCCGAUGCAGCCUCUACCGAUGCUCCUCCACCACACUACGAUGCCCAUGGGGGCAUACAAGAGAUCGCUGACGAGACACUUCUUGAAUGCCGCCAAGAGCCUGAUCCCGGCUCGCUGGAAGUCAACUACCGUCCCAAUGGUUGCGAACUGGAUGGAGAAGGUAGAGGAAAUAUACAGCAUGGAGAGCCUCACGGCGGAAUUGAGAGGUACAGGGGAGAAAUGUACCCGUCUCUGGGCUCCCUGGAUCGAGUACAUGGCUCGGGGGCCUGCAGGACGGCCGGAGCGGGGGGUCGAAUAGCGGGGUGAGCGCCGGUACGCGAGGGGUUGGGGUGUGGGGGGGCUGGCGGAUUCACCCCCUCCCUUCCCCCCGCCUUGGCCGACAUCCCCCUUCCCUUCCUCACCUACCCUCCCCCCCCCUUUUUUUUUCUUUUUUUUUUUCUUUUCUCUCUCUCUCUGCUCCUCCACUUCCCCUCUCCCAUACCACGUAUGACUGACCUUACACUGACAAAGCGGAAAAGGGGGGGGAAAAAUGAAAGGGAGGAAAACAAGAGGAAUACUCGAUUCCCUUACCCUAUCUUCCCCCGUAGAGAUAUACGGAACACGUUCUAAAGUUCAGUUCGCGCAGUUGCGCUCGGUUGUUCAGUUACUCACAGAGGCUGGGUAGGGAAAUACAGGCGGGAAACAGGGAGGGAGCAUUGCCGUAUGUGCGACAACAUGCCUGACGUCUGUAAGCUUACAAUUGUUUAUUCUCUGUCUGUAUACAUACUGUGCUUCAAUAAAAACGAAGAUUGCCAAAAAAAAAAAAAAAAAAGGUGCAGGACUGCAACUCACAAUAGAUGCCUGUACACAAUAAACUGGGACAUAUGUAAUCUCACUAUACUCAUUUAUAUAGUAGAUUUGUGGUAUAUAUUUUUCAUUCAAGGGGAGAUUUAGAAAUCACAUUGGUAUAUCUUCCAUUAAACAGUCUGCACAGUUUUAAGAAAUGAACAGGAGGAAUAAUCCCAACUAUCUGUGCAUUUGAGAAAUAAACUUUUAAUUUGGGAAAAGAAAAGAAAAAAGAAUCUGGUGUGUUAUACAUAAAAAUGAUGCCCUAAAGUUUAGGUAUGUAAUUCCAUCUGCACAAUAAACCUCAAUAAAUAGUUUGACUCCUUGAGAGUUUGAAAAUUAUACACAAUACCUGUCUCCUAUUUAGAACAAGAGACAUAUGGGAAAUAAACCCAAGGAAUAAAAUAAAGUAAUUGGGAAAAAGAACUUAACAAAGCUGUAACAUAAGGCCUGUGAAUUUGUGUAAUGAUAUAUAUCAGAAUUAUGGAGCACCUGUAAAUUCUUCAAACAUCAAUAAGUUGGGGAAAAGGAAAUAAAAAUUUCAGUAGUGAUUCACAUGAAAAGUGAUGCCCUUAAUCCAACAGGUUAAUCAGCUCAAUAAUCUUUAAAUAAGAAAGGUGGCUCCUAUAGAGAUAGAAGAAAUACACACAAUCUGUCUCCUACUUAGGAAUUGCUGUCUAAUAUAGUUACUAAACAGAAAAGAUUAUCCAGCCACCUUAUUAACUCAGUGUGUCUCAUACUGCAAAAUGUCUAACAGGAAAAGUUGACACGAAACAAACAAACCAAAGGAAGGAUAAAAAACCUGAAAAAAGACUUUCUAACCUCUUUACGGCGGUGGAGCCCAAGAUGGACAGAGAUAUAUCCUUACUGAAAGACAAUAGUACACAAGCACAGUAUGGAGACAACUUUGAUCUAGAUACUCAUAAUACAAAAACUAGCAUUGAUCAAAAAAAUAUCACUGCUGAACACCUUCAAGAAUGUUUUUAUUUGCAUUUUAUCAAAAUGAAAAAGGAACUGCUUUUAAGCUGUUAAUGUCAUUCGUGCCAUAUUCUUGUAUCAUGCAUUCACAAUAAAAAUUGUUUUGGGGGGAAAAAAUGAAAAAGGAAAUUGAGACAAGCACGGAAUAUCUAAGAUCUUAGAUUCUGAAUUUGGGCACUAAACUAAAACAAAUAGAAGAAAAAAUAGAAUGGCUGAAGAACCGACAUCUGAUCAAAAAGAUAUAAAUACAUCAUUAGAAGACAAACUCAAGAACAUUGAACAAAAAGUACAAGAUUUGGAAUAUAGAUCCAGAAGAUCUAAUCUCAGAAUAAUAGGGAUCUCAGAAUCGAAAUUGAACCAAUAUAUACAAGAAUUUCUUCUAUCGAGAGAAUGCACAGAUUGCAGAAACCCGCAAGUACACCAACACAUUUCCCAAGAAAUGUUCUAGUCUGCUGUCAUUCGUACAGAACAAAACAACAAAUCACCUCAGCUCUAAUAAAAAAAUUGAACAAAGGACACAGCAUACGAAUCAAUUAAAGUCUUUUCAGACAUUUCAUACCAAACUAGGCAACAAAGAAGAGAAUUUGCUCCACUGACAAAAAGAGACAAUGAUAUAAAAUAUUCAUAGGGGUUUCCCACUAGACUACAAUGCAACAGAGAAGGAAAAAGAUAGAAUUUUAAUACUCCCACAAAGUUAAAACAGUGGAUUCAAGAACAUAAUCUUUAAGGGUUACCCCUAAUAAGGACUGGUCUUUUACUGCAGCAAGAUGAAUUUAUUAUUAUUAUUUUUUUUUCUCAUUCCUGUGUGUCUAAUAGGAUAAACAAAUUAAUUUGUAUUUUAUUAGAAAUAUUCACACAAAAUACAACUGAUUCAUAGUAUAGUAAUUAUUAAAUUGACAAAGUAACAUCUUGCUCUGUUUCGUUGUAUGGCAGUUACUAAACCCACAUUGUGGUCUAGUGGUAUAUUUGUAAGUGGGAGAGGAAGGUUACGGUCUGUGUCUACGGUAUAGGGUUUGGUGAUGCCGGUUGUCUGAAUGAGUUGGGCUGUGUCGGCUCGGGCUACGCUCGUGUAGCUAUGCGGUAUGUGCCAUCACGGUAGUGCUGCUGCUAUCCGUCUCAGUGUCUGGGCCCCCUAAUCAUGGUACCUGUCUUUGUUAUGUAGGUGAGUGGUCUGCUACAUCUUGUGUGGUCUGCUUUAUGUCAUGUGUGUGGGCUUGCCGGCACCCAUCUCUGGGCCUUGCUGUGUUCGCUGGGUAGUUUAGUGUGGCGUGAAACCUGACCGUCUGGGUUGACUGCUCAGGGGUUUGGGGAUAGUCAUGUCCCUGUGGGCUUUGCCCUCUGGAUGGAUCCCGGCUCCUCUAGGUUGGUAGCCCCAUCAUGCAGUCUCUGCAUAAACGCCUUUGGGUCCUCUGUCAGGGUCAGAAUAAAGGUCUCUUGUCCCCUUGGCACUAUUAUUGAUCUGUUGUCUCCCCAGCAGUAGCAGAUUGCUGCUUCUCUGAGUUGCUUGGCGGUGGGGGUGAGGUGCCUCUUCGCUGCUAAUACUCUGAAUGGUAGAUCACCAUAUAUUGACACUGUGCCGCCCUCGUAGGUGACCGUGCCGAGGGUUCUGGAUCUGGACAUAAUGCCAGUUCUCACUGCAAUGUUUCUGGUGGUGGCGGCGAUGACAUCUCUUGGUGCUCCUUGCGGGGCAGUUGCGGCUUUGCGGAUUCUAAAGGCCGUGAGUAUGAGGUCUUUGACAUCGUUUCUGGCUAGAAGUGAGGCUACCAUCCCCUGAAUAUAAGGGAGUAGGGCCUCUUCCCCGACCGCAUAUAAAUAUUAACCAGGAUUUACACAAUAUGUACAGAAAUAAGAAAGGGAAGCACAAUAUACCAAAUACACAAAUUUCACACAAUUGUUCACAGAAAGGGAUAGGGUAGUGCUUACUUUUAUGUAUGAAAGAUUUAAGGGUAAAAUAGAAAUACCUAUGAUGGGAAGGCUAAGAGGGAAAAGGAAAUGCUAAUUUACCUGCUUGAAAUGUUUAUUUCCUUUAAUUUUAUGAGCUUAGUUUUUUUAAUUUUUGUAUAAUGUAAAUUAUAUUAAUCUGAAAAUACAGGAUAGAGAGGGUUAGGAACCUACAUAUAAAUAGAAACUGGAAAUUGCACAUUACGUUUAGGAAUAAGUAAUGGAAGCACGUAAUAAACUAAAUACACAGACAUACAUUGUAACAUUGUAAUAUAUAGAAAUGAUGCCAGGGACACUCACCUCUAAUGUAGACUUAUAGAUUCAAUAUAAAUUAGUUAUAUUGAAUUAGUCUGGAAUUUGUUCUGGUGAGUAAAAUCAUUACCUUCAGGCUUUUUGCUGUAAACACUGUCUUUUCAGAGAAAAUGCAGUGUUUACAUCACAGCCUAGUGAUAACUUCACUUGCCACUCCUCAGAUGGCUGUCAGAGAUCCUUCCUGGGUCAUGGCUGCCUAAAAUGCAUCCAAACAUUCAGUAUCUCCUCCCUCUGCAUGCGGACACUGAACUUUCCUCAUAGAGAGUCAUUGAUUCAAUUCAGCUCUAUGAGGAGAUGCUGAUUGGCCAGGGCUGUGUUUGAAUCAUGCUGGCUCUGCCCCUGAUCUGCCUCUUUGUCAGUCUCAGCCAAUCCUAUGGGGACGCACUGUGAUUGGAUCAGGCCACCACUUCUGAUGAUGUCAGCAGACUGCUUGUUUUUCUGAGUCUUACAGCAUGCAGAGUUACAGCUUCAGGCUUGAAUACAGUAAGAUUUUGCUAUAUUUAUGGAGGCAUGAGGGGCCCAGGGGGGCUAGAUGGUGGUGUUAACACUAUAGGAUCAGGAAUACAUGUUUGUGUUCCUGACCCUAUAGUGAUCCUUUACUAUUAAAAUACACUUAGACCGUGUAUGUGUAAGUAUGUAUAUAUUACACAUUUUUUAAUUUUAAACUAUGUUUAAACUUUAUUUAACUUUAUUUCAUGCAGCAGGGGGACAGUCUGUCAUUCCAGGCACUCCCCCAGCUGGCACUGCUAUGGACAGCUAUUCCGUCCAUGUGAUCGUGAGUAUCAUAUAAUUACCGUGACUCUGCUCCCCCGAAGUUACUUCCUCGUUCAGAAGUAAGCUCCUCCCAUUCUGAUGACACUUCACUCACCUGCUUUAUAAGGAAGCUGGGCCAAACUCCCAUUGCUGAGUUAUUUUGAAACAAACCUCGGUCUCCACACUGAGACUUCUUGUUUCGCUGCUGCAACCUCGUACAUCUCGCCCUCUUCAGUAGCCGUAAUCUACAAGGACUCCUGUAUCUACUGCUAAUACAUUUAACCAAUUGCAGAUCUUACCAUCUCUGCUACAAAUACAGGACGCUCUGGAGAAACCUUAAGUAUCAUUUCAACUUAAUCUCAAUAAUACUACAACCUGCAAAUAAGGAUUACUAAAUUCUAUGUUUCACUUAUUCAGUAUAUAUAUUGCUUCAACCUGCAUAUAAGGAGAAUCAGAUUCAUUGUGCCACUUAUUAAGUAUAUAUAUUACUGCAACCAGCAUAUAAGGAGAAUCAACUUCAUUGUGCCAUUUAUCAAGUUCAUAUAUUGCUGCAACCUUGAUAUAAGGAUUAUCAAAUUCUAUGUGUCACUUAUCAAGUUUUUAUAUUGCUUUAAUCUGUAUAUAAGGAGAAUCAUAUUCAUUGUGCCACUUAUCAAGUUAAUCAUUGCUGCAGCCUGCAUUUAAGAAAAAACAAUUCUCAUGUGCCAUGCAUUCAGUUUAAUUACAAAUUGAUUCAAGAAACCUAUUUGUAUAAAUGAGGACAUUCUUUAUUACUUUUUCCUUUUUAAUGCAAACAAGAGAAUUGCAUAAAGCUUUCUUUUUUCCUUAAUGCCAAAACUGGAAGUAUUAGACAAAUUGUCUUUAACUUGAUUCAAUAAGAGAAAAUAAAAACUCUCAAGAAAUUGUAUUGGAAGUUGUCUUUGUUUUUUCUUAACCCCUUAAGGACCAAACUUCUGGAAUUAAAGGGAAUCAUGACAUGUCACACAUGUCAUGUGUCCUUAAGGGGUUAAAGGUAUAGUACCAUCAAGUAAUUCUGCAGUUGUGUUCCACAAUUCUCAGUCUAAAUAUUAUUGAAUCAUAACAGUGAGGUCCUCGCAAGGACCUCGUGAUCACAUGGCCCAGGAGGGUCGGAUUAGAUGCAGGGGGACUGCCUGGUAUAUGCCGCUAAGUGAAUAGGACGGCGGGAACAUGCUAUGCCGCCCGCCCAUCGGCGUUUAGAGCCGGGUCGCCAAGGACGGCAUAUUCCGCCCACCGUCCUUAUGGGGUUAAAAGCAAGUAGAGCAUUAGAAAAACUGAAAUGUAAAUGGUAUUAUAAAAGCAAUAAGGUAAAUUAACUUACCAUAAAAAUACUGAAAAAUUAAAAGCCAGAAAGAGCAAUAACAAAAAUACACAAAAAAGGAGAAGUAAUACAAAUCCCAGACAAUAUUGGGGAGGCAUUUGCUAAAUAUUAUCGAAGUUUAUAUAAUUUACCAGGGAAUACUUCAGUCCAGCAGUAUAUGGAUAUUUUAAAAAUGCAGUUUGCCUAAGAUCUCUGAGGCCCAAAAAGAAAAGUUAGAUUCCCCAAUAGAAGUGGAGGAGGUGGUAAAAGCAAUAGAUAAAUUGAAAUAAAAGAAAUCUCCAGGACCAGAUGGCUUCUCGAAUUUAUUUUUUAAACUGCUAAAAGAGAACAUUAGUAGUGAAUUGCCAAAAACUUUCAAUGAGAUCAAACAGAAAGCUAAUGCACCAGAUGAACCAUUGAAGGCAAACAUCAUUCCUAUUCCCAAACAGAAUAAAGACAAACAACUAAUAACUAAUUUCAGACCAAUCUCAUUAUUUAAUUCAGAUAUCAAAAUGUAUUCAACAAUUUUAGCAGAAAUAAUAAAAAUCUAUUGUACACUAUGUCAUUGAUGAAGAGCAAGUUGGCUUCAUACCAGGAAGAUCUGCAAUAAAUCAUAUGAGAAGUAUAGAUAUCGUUGUUGGUUCCAAAAAGGCAUUUGAUAGGAUGGGAUUUUAUGUUUAAAGCAUUAGAAAACUAUGGAUUUGGGAAAGGAAUGAUGAAUGCAAUCCGGGCCUUAUAUGUAAAUCCAUCAGCCAGGGUAAAAGGACCUAAUUUUCUCUCAGAGCUUACAGAUAAAAUAUGGUACAUGUCAGGGCUGCCAGCUUUCACCACUUUUAUUUAUCCUUGCCCCAGAACCACUAGCAAUUAGAAUAAGAACAAACCCAUAUUAGAGGUUUUCAUACAGACAAUAGUCAAAGUAAAUAUAACUUAUAAGCGGACAAUAUAUUGACUCUGGAAGAACCUGAAUCUUCACUGAAAGCCUUAAUUUUAGAAAUGGAUCUUUAUGCCAAGUAUUCAGGAUAAAAAACUUCAUUUUGAUAAGUCAGUAUUCUUAACUAAAAACAAAUGCUGUGGAGAAAUAUAUGAAUAUAUAAAUGUCUGUGUGUGUCAUGGUGCGUGUGUGUGUUAAGGUAUGUGUAUGUGUCGGUGUGUAUCUAUGUGUGUAUGUGUUGAUGUUUAUAUGAAUUUGUCUGUAUGUAUAUCUAUGUAAGUAAGUAUGUAUGUGGUAGUGUAUGUACAUACAUCCAAGCAGUCAUACACCAGCACAACAUACAAAUACACUCCUGCAAUCUAACACAAAUAUUACAUACAAACACACACAUGCAUUCAAACUCCAAAAGGAUAUACAAACAUACCCUUUCAUUCAAACGCAAAUAUUUCAUACAAAUGCACACCCACAUUUAAAAGUGAACAUUAAAUUCAAAACACACCCCUGCAAUCAAACACAAACAUUACAUACAAACACACCCCUAUAUUAUAAUACUAAAACUAUAUAUAAGAAACACUUCAAACACCAACACAGUACGUUACAUUAUAGCGCCAGUAAAUGCCGCAGUGCUGUACAGAUCUAAAACCUAUACAUUUUGACUUGGGUUGCCUUGGGAAAAUGUUGAAAUAUUAAGGGCGCCUUGAACCUAAAAAGUUUGGGAACCACUGUCUUACUCUAUACCAGGGGUUCCCAAUAACUUUUUCCCGCGGAACCCUUUGUCACAGAAAAAAAUUUGGUGCCGUAGCACAAACCUUUUAAUAAGUGGCUUUUCUAUUAUCAUUUUUAAACAUUUUGCUCAAAAACUGUUUAGUCUUAUGAUACUCCUGAAGCUUUCGCUUAAAAAAAGGCAAUGUCUUUAUCUUUGUACUCUGGGUGCUUUUGCUCAAAAUGACGAUGUAAUUGAGCAGGUGCUAAUGAACUGUUUGGCAACAUUUUCUUGCAAAGUACGCAUUGUGCUUGAGAAUUUUUUUUAUUUCUGGCACUUGUGAAUCCAAAUGAUAAGUUGCUAUCAUCAUAUUUUAUUUUAUUUGUUUGAGAAGAAGAUUGGCUAGCAUUGUGUGCUUUUCUUUUUAACUUUGACUUGUCUCUUGUCUCUGCUAUUUGAGGAAAAAUAGAUUGAACUAUUUGGGAUCUGUUUUCUUGAUUUCUUGUUGUAUCUUUUUUCUCAGUUUCUAUAAGUGACGAACAGUUGGAAGUAGUAAUUUUUCCAUUGAUAGUUCCUUGUUUUAACCAGAUGUCCAAAUUCAUGGUUGUUGGUAAUAUAAAAACACUUCUCUAACCUUUAGAAAAAUUCAGAUUUCACUUACUGGCUGCAACGGAUGCUGUUUCUUAUAAAGCUCUUACAAAGAACUUAAUGUAAGCAGGAUUUUUAGUCAGUCUUGGAACAAAAAGAUUUGCACACUUAAAAACAGAUCUCACUACCGGACUGAAAAGGAUGUUUUAGAAGGCACUUAGAACUUAACCAUAAGCAGGAUUUUGAGUCAUUCUUGGAGUGUAAAAAACACUUUAGUACAGAUUUCACUACUAGACUGCAAAGUAUGCUGUUUUAACUGCUCUUAGAAAGAAAUUAUUUUUUUGGUAUAGCACUGAUUUCUACAGAUAGUAAGCAGAAAAUAGUAUAUGCAAAUAAGUUUAACCAACAAAAACAUGAGAAGCCUAACCCAGUAACUUGUUUUCAGUUGCAAACUUUUAGCACAAUCUCUUCAAAAAAAUAAAAAUAAAUAAACCUACCCCCAUAUGCCACAAUGGGCACUACUCUAAAGGGCAGUUAUCCAUAAAGGCAGUAAAAUACUAUUUUACAUGUUAUUUUUGCCUGAUUUAAGUGCAGUGUUUCUGACAUCUACUACUGAUUUUCACUGUCACUCAAAUCCUUACUGUUAUGUUUAAAACAGCUUCUAUGAAUAACACUGCAUUAACAAAAAUAAAGAAUCUAAAAAGAAAUCAUUUCUCCUGUGGCCAAUAUUGUGAGGUGAGCGUCUGCUUGAAUGCUUCCACUCUCUAUCACUGAGUGGAUGUGAAAUGGCUGACGGAGGGCGGGCUGACAGCAGGUGUGCAUAACGGCAGUCUUGCGAUCUCUUAAUAAGAUCGCGGUUGCGCAAUCUCUGGUGUUUACGACCUUCCGGGAAUAGCAGGGAGCGGCGGCCAUCUUGAAUGUUACCUUCGGGUUCCGCAGAAUACCAAUUGGGAAAUGCUGCUCUAUACAAUCUGUGUGUAUGUCAGAUAAGGAUACUGCUAUAUUGAUGCAAAUAUUUAACAUAAUGUGCUCAAGCAGUGGUCCUUCCAUUUUCCAAUUAAUGUUCAUCUCCACUGAAAUAGAGAUGCAUUGUUUAUAUCUUUUUUUCAGUAUUAAUAAAUGUAAUCUCCAUAUCUGUAAACUUUUUUUUUUUCUUUCUUAGAUAUGAUCAUUCUAUAUUAAACAUUCCUUAAUAAAUUAUCAUUGACUGGAAUUUCAAUGUAGUAGGUUCAGCAAAUACGACAUUAGGUUAUAAGGUGCUUUAAGCUGUAAUACAGAAUUGACACAUUGGAUUUCUUUACGUUAGUCCAUGCAGCAGUCUUGCUUUUCUCACUUACUUAAAGGAGCACUAUAGGGUCAGGAAUACAAACAUAUAUUUCUGACCCUAUAUUGUUAAAACCACCAUCUAGCCCCCUGGCCCUCUCUUGCCUCCCUACAUAUAGUAAAAUCUUACUUGUAUUCAAGCCUAAAGCUGCUGGCUCUGCCCGUCUGCCUUACAAUAGCAAGCUGUCUGCCGACAUCAUCAGAAGUGUUGUUCUGAGCCAAUCACAAUGCUUCCCAAUAGGAUUGGCUGAGACUGUGAAGGAGGCAUAUCAGGGGCAGAGCCAGCACAAGUCAAACACAGCCCUGGCCAAUCGGCAUCAUAGAGAUUAAUUGAAUCAUUGAAUCUCUAUGAGGAAAGUUCAGUAUCUGCAUGCAGAGGGAGGAUACACUGAAUGUUUGGAUGCAUUUUAGGCAGCCAUGACCCAGGAAGGAUCUCUAACAGCCAUCUGAGGCGUGGCCAGUGAAGUUAUCACUAGGCUGUAAUGUAGACGGUGUUUACAGCAAAAAGCCUGAAGGGUAUGAUUCUACUCACCAGAACAAAUGCAGUAAGCUGUAGUUGUUCUAAUGACUAUAGUGUCCCUUUAAUACAUUUUGUAUUGAUAAUAUUGUGUGGUAUUGGAUUGUUACACCAGGUUAUAAGGAAAAAUGAUAAGAAAUAAAUAAUUCAGUUAAUUUUGUUAUACCUAUAGAUUGACUGUCACACAGCUAAAAAAAAAUAAAUUUAUUGUAAUUUUAAUACAUUGCACAUUCAUGAAUGUAAAUGCUAAAAAAUUGCUUGUAAUUAAUUUUACAUGUACUCCCUGCAGCUGUUUUUUUUUUAUUUUCCCUUUAGCAUUAUGAGUGCGUUUGGUUUUAUAGUAGGUAAACUGAGAAUGAAGCUUUGUUUUGCAGUGGUUUGAUUGGCUAUAUCACACUCUUUGUUUCUUGUCCGUUGCAGAAAUCCUCUUCCCCGACACUACACCGUUUACUAGCAGAAUCUCGUCAGAUGGUUGCUGAUCUUGAGCUUAGCAUGGUGCUGCCAGCCCCUUAUAACAGCCCCAGAAAUCACAAUGAGCAGGUCCAGGUAGGUAACACAUUACAUAAAAAAACACAGUGGGUUGUUAUUGUUUUAAAUUUAAGGCAGAGUCACAAAUAUAGACGCAAGUUUUUCAAAUUUUUAUCAAUUCAAUUAUGCAUAUGUCCAAAUGACCUAAAUAUGUUUCACAUCACUGUUUAUGCAUUCGUGUUUGAGAUUCUCAUCCAAAAUGCAGGCUUUUCUUCUAUUUUUUACCAGCUACAUUUAGUCACUGUAUUUUACAGUUACUGUUCUCAUUUUGUGGUUCACAUAUUUAUUUUUUUAUACAACAGUAGGGAGUAAAUGUAAUAGGACUACAUUGCAAUGACCCUAUGUGUUUUUAUAGAAACAUAGAAUGUGACGGCAGAUAAGAACCAUUCGGCCCAUCUAGUCUGCCCAAUUUUCUAAAUACUUUCAUUAGUCCCUAGCCUUAUCUUAUAGUUAGGAUAGCCUUAUGCCUAUCCCACGCAUGCUUAAACUCCUUUACUGUGUUAACCUCUACCACUUCAGCUGGAAGGCUAUUCCAUGCAUCCACUACCCUCUCAGUAAAGUAAUACUUCCUGAUAUUAUUUUUAAACCUUUGUCCCUCUAAUUUAAGACUAUGUCCUCUUGUUGUGGUAGUUUUUCUUCUUUUAAAUAUAGUCUCCUCCUUUACUGUGUUGAUUCCCUUUAUAUAUUUAAAUGUUUCUAUCAUAUCCCCCCUGUCUCGUCUUUCCUCCAAGCUGUACAUGUUAAGAUCCUUUAACCUUUCCUGGUAAGUUUUAUCCCGCAAUCCAUGAACCAGUUUAGUAGCCCUUCUCUGAACCCUCUCUAAGGUAUCAAUAUCCUUCUGAAGAUACGGUCUCCAGUACUGUGUACAAUACUCCAAGUGAGGUCUCACCAGUGUUCUGUACAAUGGCAUGAGCACUUCCCUCUUUCUACUGCUAAUACCUCUCCCUAUACAACCAAGCAUUCUGCUAGCAUUUCCUGCUGCUCUAUUACAUUGUCUGCCUACCUUUAAGUCAUCAGAAAUAUUCACCCCUAAAUCCCUUUCCUCAUAUGUUGAGGUUAGGACUCUAUCAAAUAUUCUGUACUCUGCCCUUGGGUUUUUACGUCCAAGAUGCAUUAUCUUGCACUUAUCCACAUUAAAUGUCAGUUGCCACAAUUCUGACCAUUUUUCUAGUUUACCUAAAUCAUUUGGCAUUUGGCUUAUCCCUCCUGGAACAUCAACCCUGUUACAUAUCUUAGUAUCAUCAGCAAAAAGACAUACCUUACCAUCAAGACCUUCUGCAAUAUCACUAAUGAAAAUAUUAAAGAGAAUGGGUCCAAGUACAGAUCCCUGAGGUACCCCACUGGUGACAAGUCCAAGCUUCGAAUAUAUUCCAUUAACUACAACCGUCUGUUGCCUGUCACUCAGCCACUUCCUUACCCAUUCAACAAUAUUGGAAUCCAAACUUAAAGAUUGCAGUUUAUUGAUAAGUCUUCUAUGUGCAACAGUGUCAAAAGCCUUACUGAAAUCUAGGUAAGCAAUGUCUACUGCACCACCCUGAUCUAUAAUUUUAGAUACCCAAUCAAAAAAAUCAAUAAGAUUAGUUUGGCAUGAUCUCCCUGAAGUAAACCCAUGUUGUCUCUGAUCUUGAAAUCCAUGUGUUUUUAGAUGUUCAACAAUCCUAUCCUUUAACAUGGUUUCCAUCACUUUCCCCACUACUGAAGUAAGGCUUACUGGCCUAUAGCUGCCCGACUCCUCCCUAUUACCUUUCUUGUAAAUGGGCACAAGAUUCGCUAACUUCCAAUCUUCUGGGACUACUCCUGUUAACAAUGAUUGGUUAAAUAAAUCUGUUAAUUGUUUUGCUAGUACACCACUAAGCUCUUUCAAUAGCUUUGGGUGUAUUCCAUCAGGUCCCAUUGACUUAUUUGUCUUUACUUUUGACAGUUGAAAUAGAACCUCUUCCUCUGUAAACUCAUGUGUAAUAAAUGACUCAUUUAUCCUUUUUCUCAACUGAGGUCCUUUUCCUUCAUUUUCAUCUGUAAAUACAGAACAAAAAUAUUAAUUGAGGCAGUCAGUUAGACCUUUAUCCUCUUCUACAUACCUUCCUUCUUUUGUUUUUAAUCUAACUAAUCCUUGUUUUACUUUUCUUUUCUCAUUUAUGUAUCUAAAAAAUGUUUUGUCCCCCUUUUUUACUGACUGUGCUAUUUUCUCUUCUGUGUGUGAUUUGGAAGCUCUUAUAACUUGCUUAGCCUCUUUCUGCCUAAUCUUAUAGAUCAUUUUGUCUUCCUCACUCUGGUUUUUUUUAUAAUUCCUAAAUGCUAACUUUUUGUUUUUAACUAUUUUGGCCACAUCUGCGGAGUACCACAGUGGUUUCUUGAUUUUUUUGCUUUUACUGACAAGCCUAAUGCAAUUUUCUGUUGCCUUCAAUAGUGCAACUUUUAAAUAAUCCCAUUUCUCUUGGACUCCAUUUAAAUUGCUCCAGUCUGAUAAUGACUCCUCUACCCAUAUUCUAAUUUUAGAAAAGUCUGUUUUUCUAAAGUCUAAAACUUUUGUUUUCGUGUGGUGUGACUCAGUCACUGUUGUUAUACAGGGAGUGCAGAAUUAUUAGGCAAAUGAGUAUUUUGACCACAUCAUCCUCUUUAUGCAUGUUGUCUUACUCCAAGCUGUAUAGGCUCGAAAGCCUACUACCAAUUAAGCAUAUUAGGUGAUGUGCAUCUCUGUAAUGAGAAGGGGUGUGGUCUAAUGACAUCAACACCCUAUAUCAUGUGUGCAUAAUUAUUAGGCAACUUCCUUUCCUUUGGCAAAAUGGGUCAAAGAAGGACUUGACAGGCUCAGAAAAGUCAAAAAUAGUGAGAUAUCUUGCAGAGGGAUGCAGCACUCUUAAAAUUGCAAAGCUUCUGAAGCGUGAUCAUCGAACAAUCAAGCGUUUCAUUCAAAAUAGUCAACAGGGUCGCAAGAAGCGUGUGGAAAAACCAAGGCGCAAAAUAACUGCCCAUGAACUGAGAAAAGUCAAGCGUGCAGCUGCCACGAUGCCACUUGCCACCAGUUUGGCCAUAUUUCAGAGCUGCAACAUCACUGGAGUGCCCAAAAGCACAAGGUGUGCAAUACUCAGAGACAUGGCCAAGGUAAGAAAGGCUGAAAGACGACCACCACUGAACAAGACACACAAGCUGAAACGUCAAGACUGGGCCAAGAAAUAUCUCAAGACUGAUUUUUCUAAGGUUUUAUGGACUGAUGAAAUGAGAGUGAGUCUUGAUGGGCCAGAUGGAUGGGCCCGUGGCUGGAUUGGUAAAGGGCAGAGAGCUCCAGUCCGACUCAGACGCCAGCAAGGUGGAGGUGGAGUACUGGUUUGGGCUGGUAUCAUCAAAGAUGAGCUUGUGAGGGCCUUUUCGGGUUGAGGAUGGAGUCAAGCUCAACUCCCAGUCCUACUGCCAGUUCCUGGAAGACACCUUCUUCAAGCAGUGGUACAGGAAGAAGUCUGCAUCCUUCAAGAAAAACAUGAUUUUCAUGCAGGACAAUGCUCCAUCACACGCGUCCAAGUACUCCACAGCGUGGCUGGCAAGAAAGGGUAUAAAAGAAGAAAAUCUAAUGACAUGGCCUCCUUGUUCACCUGAUCUGAACCCCAUUGAGAACCUGUGGUCCAUCAUCAAAUGUGAGAUUUACAAGGAGGGAAAACAGUACACCUCUCUGAACAGUGUCUGGGAGGCUGUGGUUGCUGCUGCACGCAAUGUUGAUGGUGAACAGAUCAAAACACUGACAGAAUCCAUGGAUGGCAGGCUUUUGAGUGUCCUUGCAAAGAAAGGUGGCUAUAUUGGUCACUGAUUUGUUUUUGUUUUGUUUUUGAAUGUCAGAAAUGUAUAUUUGUGAAUGUUGAGAUGUUAUAUUGGUUUCACUGGUAAUAAUAAAUAAUUGAAGUGGGUAUAUAUUUGUUUUUUGUUAAGUUGCCUAAUAAUUAUGCACAGUAAUAGUCACCUGCACACACAGAUAUCCCCCUAACAUAGCUAAAACUAAAAACAAACUAAAAACUACUUCCAAAAAUAUUCAGCUUUGAUAUUAAUGAGUUUUUGGGUUCAUUGAGAACAUGGUUGUUGUUCAAUAAUAAAAUUAAUCCUCAAAAAUACAACUUGCCUAAUAAUUCUGCACUCCCUGUAUUAAACCACACUGACUGAUGAUCACUGGCUCCUAAACUUUCGACUACAGUAAUAUCUGAAACCAAAUCUCCAUUUGUUAACACUAAAUCUAGUAUGGCCUCUUUACGAGUUGGCUCCUCAACAACUUGAUUUAGAGACAAUCCCAGUAGGGUGUUUAGAAUAUGUGUGCUCCUGGCACAAGUAGCUAAUUUUGUUUUCCAAUUUACAUCAGGAAGAUUAAAGUCACCCAUAAUGAUAACUUCCCCCUUCGUUGUCAUUUUAGCUAUUUCCUCGACUAGUAGAUUAUCUAACUCUUCAAUUUGUCCUGGGGGCCUAUAAAUCACACCUACACGAGUUACUGUGUGAUUACCAAAUUCUAACGUAACCCAAACGGACUCUAUGUUUGCCUCACUAACUUUUAUUAGGCUAGAUUUUAUGCUAUCCUUCACAUACAGGGCCACCCCUCCCCUUUCUUGCCUUCCCUAUCUUUUCUAUAUAAAGAGUACCCUGGUAUUGCUAUGUCCCAGUCAUUUUUCUCAUUAUACCAUGUCUCAGUAACAGUGACUAAAUCUACACUAUCAGUUUUAUUAACCAAUGGGCAAGAAGAAAGUACAUUGUUUAGUAAAGCAAUGUAUUUCUCUUCCCAAGUGACACCUAGACAGAUAAAAUAUAACAACAGGUUCACACUCCCUAUUUUAGCAGAACUGUCAUCCUUUAGGGACUUUGCAUCAUUUAUAAAGACCUUUGACGGUGACAUUGUCUCUGGGGUCCGGUGGCAUGGGAAGAGAGGGUUGCAAGCAUAGCAGAGAUUUACUUACCUGAACCUUUCCCUCCUGGGCUCCUCCAUCCUCUUCCGACUGAUUCUCGUCUGCUCCUCGCGCUUCUCGCACGCGCAAGAGUACAGUAUUGAGGUCUUUGGAUAGAUAUAACCAAUUUCCCUGCAGCCACUGGUGAAGGCUGGGGUAUUGACUUGUCUUGACGGUGGUAGCUCCGCCCAGUGUCAAGAAGUGUCAGGUGUAGGAAAUAUACUGAGAAAAAAAAGUCCCUACUAUGUCUUAGUAAAUCUCUCCAUUGUGUUUGAUUUUCAGUGCAAUUCCAACACAAUCAAUAUGAGUAUUUUAUAAAGAUUUUAUUUCUUUGACAGGUGACAGCGCCGCUUAAAAAUAGGACUGUUUUUUCUAUGUUAUUUUCUAUAAACAUGUUUUCAUGUGGUGUGGAUUUCUGAGGUAAACAAGUACUAAACAAGGAUAUUGAAAAAAAAAAAGUAAUUUUUUCCAACACCAUAUAUCAGCAUUUUUCAUUUAUUAUAGCCCACAAUAGAGACUUCACAUGAAACACAUCAGCAAAAACUAAACAGAAAUGAAAAUACAAGUGGAUUUUCUUGACAGAUUGUGGUAAGAUUUUUUGAUAUGUCAUUUACUUAUAUACAUUGAUAUGGGAGGUUCAUCUUAUUGAAACCUUAACAAAAGUACAUUUUUUUUAAAGUAAAAGAACAUUUGUAACAGUGAAUAAUUGUAAAUGCAUUCAGUAAAUAUUUUUAAAUUAUUACAUACUGUACAAAAUUAGUUUUACCUGCUGAGGAAGUAAAUUCUGCAUUCAUCAGAAAGUACCUUUUGUAGCAAGUGAAAAUAAAUGUUACCCCACUUAGCCUAGUGAAAAAUAACAGAAUUAGUUGUAAUAGCUUCAAAUAUAUUAAAAAGCAAAAAAAAAACAAACAAAAAAACAAUGACCUCCUUGUGACCUCUCAAUGCCUUGUGAAAUCUCCAUUCGGCAAUUACUGUAAGGCCUCACCAGUGAUAAACACAGAAAUAGAAAAAUUGCUGUGAUCAUGGUGUUAGCUAGAGCAUACAGCAGCCUCCUGUAUGUGAUUAAAGGACCACUCUAGGCACCCAGACCACUUCAGCUUAAUGAAGUGGUCUGGGUGCCAGGUCCUUCUAGGGUUAACCCAUUUUUUUAUAAACAUAGCAGUUUCAGAGAAACUGCUAUGUUUAUGAAUGGGUUAAGCCUUCCCCCUAAUUCCUCUAGUGGCUGUCUCAUUGACAGCCACUAGAAGCGCUUGCGUCUCCUCACUGUGAUUUUUCACAGUGAGAGCAUCUAGCGUCCAUAGAAAAGCAUUGUAAAUGCUUUCCUAUCGACAGGCUGAAUCGCGCAGCUCUUGCAGCGCGCAUUCAGCCAGGAAGGAGAGCGGAGGAGGAGAGAAGGAGGAGAGCUCCCGGCGCUGGAAAAAGGUAAGUUUUAACCCCUUUCCCCCUUCCAGAGCCGGGCGGGAGGGGGUCUCUGAGGGUGGGGGCACCCUCAGGGCACUAUAGUGCCAGGAAAACGAGUAUGUUUUCCUGGCACUAUAGUGGUCCUUUAAAGUUCAAUUAACAGAACAGGGGGUACAAGCUUCUAAAGUAAACACACUGUGGUGUAUAAGUGAAAUGUUUUUUUUUUUCAUGGAGGCCGUGAUAGUCACAGCCAGGGGAGGUGCGGCUAGGGCUGCAAAAACAAAGUGAUUUAACUUCUAAAUAGCAGAGCAUCGAACAGUGAGACUUCAGGAGAAUGAUCUAUACACCAAAAUUGUUUAAUUAAGCUAAAGUUGUUUUGGUGCUUACAGUAUCCUUUUAACUGUGUAUAAAUAGUCUAAACACUGUGAUAGCUAAAACAAUUACUUAUCAUAAAGUUUCUCUCUUUAAGGUAAUAUAAAUAAACAAGUGUUCCCAUAACUGAAAUCAGUUUGCAGACUGUUCUUUGGAGGACUUGAAAAUCCUUCCUGAUCAUAAAGUGUUCAAGCUUAUGUUAUCAGGAACAAUUAAGUUUUUAAAAUUUAUAAUAAUAAUAAUACCUGGAACAUACUAUUUGAUGUGUUUUGCUACUCUUUUCACAGGGCUGCUACAUUUAUAUGUGAUGAUAUUGUGGCACUGGGCUGUCCACUUGCAGACAGAUAUUUUGAGGAAUCCAAUUCUGCAGGACUUAGUACAAGGCUCUAACAGACAGACUUUUUUUCCAGCAGAUAGACUAACUUUACUCUGUGUUGCACUCCAGAUAUACUGUUUAAAGUUUAACAAUUCUGAUUUAGUUUUUGUUGUUUAUUAUUUUUAACUUUCAAACACUCUAAAUUUACAAGAGACUGCAGUUUUAAAAUAGCGUUGUCAGAGAAAUGCUUUAUAUAUAUAUAUAUAUUUUUUAUAUAUAUAUAUAUAUAUAUAUAUAUAUAUAUACAUAUGGUAAUUAACUGCAUGCAUAUCACAUUCACAUCAGUGGGGGGAGGGGAACCUCUCCCAGCUUUUAGCAAACUCCCAUAGAGAGUAAUUGAAAUUUAAUAGAUGGACUAAGCCACUUUAAAAAUUAUUCUCAAGAUCUGCCCUGUUGGUUUGCAAUCUUUCCAACUGGAUUUCAAAUUGCUUUUACUCUUAGUAUAGUAAAUAAACCCCACUUGUCAUUGAUUACUAAUCGCAAAAUUGACAUUACAUUUUACUAGGACACACAUCACCAACCUCAGAUCUAUCAUAUCCUAUAUGAUUACAGUGAGAGUAAUGGGUGUUAUUGUAAGUUAGUGUAUAAAGAAUCACAUGUAUAAAAUGUCUAUAUAAAUAGUCAUACACUAAAAUACACCAAAUAGCGCAUUACUCAUUUUUGGUAAAGCAUGAUGAGAGUACGAGUUCUAUAUCUUUAAAUAUUGCCUUUCAAUGCUGGCAUAGAAUUUAAGACAAUAAUCUCAUGGGAGAAUUAUUUUUUAAAAAUAGAAAUAAAGUUGUGGGCUUUCCUAGUAAGAAUACAAUCCUUAAAGGAGAAACGUACCUGGAGACCCACAACAAAACCUGUUUGGACACUCCAGUUAUGUCCUGGGGCUUAACCCCUAUAAAGUUCAAUGAAUAAGAAAAAAGCUUAAAUGUUGGAAAAACUAAUCCAGCAAAAUAGGCUUAAAGCUGGAAAAAUAAUAAUGUAAAUAAAAGUAAUUAUCAAAACCCUUUUCCGCUUCUCACUUUUUAUCACUGUCACAUUGGGGCACUUUCACUACUAUCAUGUGCAGGCAGCCAACACUCUAAGUAUGGCUAUGCACAUAUUUUAAUAAUUUUCUAAACCUCCCUUUCUGUCCUGAUCUUUUCACUUUAUCUACAUCCUUAGUAGGAGUAACAAAUAGAUAAGUGGACACUUUAUAACUAUAACAUCCUACUCACAAGGUUUACUGUUAACAGACAAAGUGUUAUACUCUAUUAUAGAGAUGUUUUUGUGAUAUUCUCUGGAUACAUUAGCUAUUUAAUAGCAUUUCUCUUAGCAUUGACCUUUUUUGGAGCAUUAUAUAUAUAUACGUUUGAGAUUUCAUUAGUGAACCAAUUGAUUAUUUUUGCCUGCUUCAAUAGAUAUAUAUAUCCAGUAUUAGGAUUUUUUUCUGCUAACAAUUUUACAUUAUCAGGACCAUAAAAUAUAGACUGUGACCCAUUGAGUUCUAUUAAAGUCAAAUAGUCGUGGAUAUUUUUUUAUUACAGUAGAACAAGAGGGAGGCAUAACCUUUUAUGGUUGACAACACGAUUUAGAGGUUUUUGGUUUAUUAUUACUUAGGUAGAUAUUCUGAAGAGGUAUUUGAAUGAUUUUGAUAAUUACUUUUAUUUACAUUAUUAUUUUUCCAGCUUUGAGAAUUAUUUUUUACCUAUUACAUUUCACUUAAGGUAUAGUUUUCACUGUACGUGCAAAAAAUAUAAUUAUUUUCUCCUGUUAGAUUCCACUUAAAAUGUAGCUUCACACUGUCCCUGCAUAGAGCAGAAUUGUCUUCCCCAUUCUAUUUUACAUGUAGUUUUCACUAUACAUACAUGCCUUUCUAGUUGUUUUGCAUGAGAUAUUGAGCUUCCUAGAUACCACAUAGAAACACUCAUUACUAUGCGUUAUCUCCAAGGUUCAUACUAAUUAUACGCAGGGCUCUAGCAAGUACUGGGAAAAAAUAUUGUGAGUGAAUUUUAAAGGAAAAAAUAAAUUAGCAGUCAAAUUCAGGUAUUGUGAAUGGAGCCAGCAUGUAUGAUCCAGUUAAAUAACCAUGUCACCUAUAGCCACAUCACCAAACUUAAAUCUAAUAUAGAUAUAUUGUAUCAUGCACAAGUCAGACAAGUAAGUCACAUAGACUUUUUAGAACAAAUAUUUGCAUGAGUGUUUCCCCCCCCCCCUCCUACUCCCCCCUCCCCCUAAUUUACACUACUCCAGACUAGUAAAAUCAGCAUACAAAUUGUAGACAAGUUAAAAUAUUGUGACAUUUGCGGGGGUGGGUGGGGGGAUUGUAAAAUUUCUUCAGUUCAGGUUAGCUAUGGUAACAUAGGUUUUGGAAUUCAGUUUACAGUUCACCACAGUGCAUUGCUUAGUGAACAAACCCAAAAGAGUGACACAGUUGAUGUUGUGAAGAUACAUACUGCUGCAGUAAUUGAGGGGACAAGAACUGAGAGAAAUGAAUAAUUGAGAAAGAAAACUAAACAAACCCCUUACUAGUGUCUACAAGAACUAAACAAAUUAAGUUAUAAGGAUAUGCUGGAAUAAACACCAUGGCUUUAAAUUCUAUCCAUAAAUUUUGCUAGUAGAUUUUCCAGCAAUUGUAUAGAUUGGGAGAAAAAAAACUAUUUAAAAAUAGGUCUUUCUUCCACCUGUCAGUCAGUUCUUCAGCAUAGACUCUAUGCCGAAGAAUUGACUGUUAAGGGAGAGUAGAAGAGACCUCCCCCAGGCAGUCAUCCUGCUCUCCACGCAGGGCAUGUGCUGUGGUUUCUAUGGUAACUCCCUAGUUGACGCUGCUUGCGCUAGCUAGGGAGUAUAGAAACAUAGUGAAUGAUGUCAACAAAGCUAGCAUGUCGGUGUCACAGAAGAGGUUUGCCCUUCUUGGACCAGGCAGAGCAUUACUCCCACAAGGCUGACGACGAAGACAUGACGAUGCUGGAUCUCAAAAUUUUACAUUGAAUGCAUCAUGUAUCUCUGUGAUGUAUGAUGUAUUCCUUGUAACUGGGGAGAUUUAGCUUUAGUCAAAAAUGUAAUAAGAGAUUCACUAUAAUAUUAAAAAAAUCACAUCGUGAGCUGUAUGACCAUCAUAGAAGAUUUCAAAAACAUGUCCAGUUGGAUCAAAUGGAGCUGGAGCGAAAACCUUAGUUUAUUUUUAAUUCAAACAGUUAUAUUUUUUUCCUACUGUUUAUACCCAUAUUUUUAUUUUUACUAACUUCACCGGAAGUUUUAUAUACAUGUGUAUGUGCAUACACAUAAGAAAAACUAGGAAAUACUUUUCCCUAUAGACUGUGGUCUUUGGCAAUGAGCAGAAGUUAAAGGAUAAUAACUGUGAUCAAAUUUUCACUUCUUGUUUUGUGUUUUGUUUUUUAAAUUAAGUAUAUUGAUCUAUUUUAAGAGAUCUAUUUUUUAGCUGUCUGAGUAGCUAUGUUGGGUCAGAUUGUAUUGUUCUCUGACGAACUGUUUCUCAACCUAACUUCUCUGCUCCUGCUUUUUCACACAGAGAAAUCACAGAUUUAAAAAAACAAAUAUAUAUUAUUUUUAAAAAAUCUCAUUAAGUUUCAUUAAAUGUAAUAACCUUUCAAAAAAUGAGAAGUGAAAAUUGAAUGGUUCCCUUUCACUUGUGAAGUUAAUUUACCCACAAUCCAUGAGUUAAAAGAAUCCUACAAGAGCAAGCUGCAGACAUCAUGAUCGAGAAGUACAAAAUAGCGGCACCUGUCUGAGAUUCAACACGCAAAGAAUAGAUACUAAAAAUAAGUAAAAGCAGUGGCUGGGGGUGGGAGUAUAAUCUUUAACAUACAGAGGGUAUACGGAAUGGAAAACUGAAAAAAUGACAGUGAGAAAAGGGGUUACCCUUUAGACACCAAUGACACAAGGCACUGCUUUCAAACUUCUGCAGUCACCCUUUUUCAUCUCUCUUCCCCCCUCAUCAUUACAUCUCUUUUUCCCCUCAUUUAUUUAAUUUCCCCUUCCCAUAGCAUUUGUCUUUUCUUCUCCUAAUUCUCUCUGAACCCUCAUGUAGUCAUUUUUCUUUCCACUUCUGAUUUCCCUUUUCUCUUAACCAUUCUAUAUCUCGUUCCUGGGGUUGUGCCUUUUGGCAGACCUAUUGUGUCAGUCAUUGGAUCUUUGAGUGAAUGCGUAAGUGAUUUCAUUGAUGUGCAGUGUCUAUCUUGUGCACCCUGUCACUGCUCCUUUCCUCUUACAGUGUUUAUAGUAGAGUCUGAGGCUUGUUAUCUCUGUCACCCACUAGCAGCCUGCCUCAUAUUAUAAAUUCUGCAUGUUAUGGACAGUGGCAAUCCUGUCUCUCUCAUGUAAUACGGCCACACUACAAACUUUCAUGAUGCAAGUCACUUGGCUGAAUGCAUUUGAAUCAAUAUCUGCAUGAAAAACGUCUUUUUGUUUUUUUAAUAAGUCUGAUGCAAAGUGUACAGCACUGACAUAAGCUAAGAAGGUAUGUCACUUAACACUACUCAAAUAACCAACUUGUAUAUAGAAACAUUAUUUUAUAUUUACUGACAUAUUUUGUAUCAUGUAUAAUAUAAAAUAAAUAUAUUUUCUCUUAAAAAACACGUGGACUCCAUUAUUCUUUUUAUUCUGAACAAUAAGACUGGCCAACCAGACAGCAUGCCCCAGAAGACAUACCAGACUGGGAACACAAUCAAAUAAAAGAAGGAAAGAAGUAUCUGCUGCGACCAAGUGGAAAGAAUCACAGACUACUGAAUCUCUCAAACAAAUCCUUGACUGUUACUCAAAUCAGACUUUUUGGAAAAAAGGUCUUAAUUUUGCUCCAUCAAACAAUUUUAACCUAUACCAUACUUUAAUUGAUGUUAAUUGAUAACUCUUUCUGGUCACUUGUAUCAGGAGGGUUUAAAUAAAAUCGUCCUUAAAUUCCCUUUUGUUGUAAACGUGACUAAGAUGUGUGAUGAUCAUCUUUUGUUUUUAGAGGCUUGAGCUGAAAAUGACAGUUCCAUUUUGCAUAUAAUUGAUGCUGUGGAAGUUAAAACUGUGCUCCUGAACAGGUUUAAAAACUAAAAGUGUCUUCUAUCCAGAUUAGUCAAAGGGCAAAACUAUUGAUACUGAUCACAUACUCAUACAGCAGGAUGAGAAAGGCAGCUCUGUUGCCGUUGUCGAUAAAUGUGACUAUCUCAAUGAAGCUUUCCAUCAGUUAAGAUAUGAAGUCACUUACCUGUCUUUGGUUCGACUCUUCAGUUUAUUAUCAGAAGCAGUUAUACCAACUAAUUGAUACAGCUGCUUGUAACUUCGUCAUCACCCCUGAUGCUGCUUUCUUAAAGGUCCAGUGCCCUAUCGCUCCUAUUUUUCACCAUCUGCUCAAGGUUCACAAACCUGGGGUUGUGCCUUUUGGCAGACCUAUUGUGUCAGUUAUUGGAUCUUUGAGUGAAUGCCUAAGUUAUUUCCUUGAUAUCCAUUUGCAACCUUGGUGCUGUGUCUAUCUUCACACAUGCAUGACACCAAGCAUGUACUGAGAGCACUAUAUGACAAUGAGUGGAGGCUUGGAGUACUGGUGGGUUGCACUCGACUUUGCAUCACUGUACUACUGCAUUCUUCAUGACAAGGGCAUUUGUGCUACUGAGUAUCAUUUAGAUAAUUAUUCUAAUAAUGAUGAGAAUCUUAAAAAAAAAAAUUUGGGAUGCCAUUUAAUUUUUGUUACAUCAACGGUAUGUUCUAUCCCAGAGUUGUGAGGCGGCCACGGGAACUAAAUAAACCCCAUUGUAUGCAAAACUCUAUGUGGAAUGGUGGGAGGGGGUACAUCCACUCUUUUGCCUAACAUUAUUAUUUACAAACACUGUAUUGGUAAAAUGAAGGGAAUGAUGACUGGAAUCUAACCCUACUCCUAACCCUAGCCCUAACCCUUACCGCAACCUUCCUCUAAUCCUAACCCUAGGAGGGGUAGGGGUAGGGUUAGAUAUAGGGUUAGGGUUAGGGAAUUGCCGAAGUCCCGAAUUUUGGAAGUGCCGAACUGAAUUUCGGAAGUGCCAAACCGAACCUAAUUUUUUGCCCAUGCACAUCCCUACUUUAGGGUUCAUACCCUGUGCACCUGGGGUGAGGUCCCUACUAAAUUUUUUACUACACUGUGCUACUGAGUGGAGACAUGCUGCUACAGCCUCUGUUAACUGCUGGACAGGAUUUUCAGCACUUCCUGCUUAAAGGAAUAUCUUCCAUGACAGUGAAUUGCUUAUAGGAGAACUAAUUGAUGCUCUCUAUCAGGGCUGUGGCCAGCACUUAAGGGUUCAUACCCUGUACACCUGGAGUGAGGCCCCUACUAUAUGUAUGCUGCUGAGUGGAGGCAUGGUGUUGCAGCCUCUGUUUACUGGCUGAGCCCCAGUCUAUUUUAUUUGGCCACUGUUCAGAUUACAGCCCUGCAGGGGUUUCUGUGAGCAUUGCCUGCUACUAUGAUAGUCUGAUCUGUUUGUCCUGCAUCCUGAAAUUGCCUACUAUUUUGUGCCUUCUACAGGGGUAUCCCUUAUCAUGAUAAAUCUACCUGUGUACUUUUUUGGGUGAGCCCCAAUUAUGUCACACGAUUUGCCACUGUGGAAGAUUCCCGGGCUAACCCUGUGGAAUUACAGGUCAUGAUACACACAACUGUGUUGGCGCAAGACAAAUUGUUGGACUCUAUUGACCCCAUCUCAAGGGUAAAAAGCUCUUUCCUGAGGGAGCUUAUUACACACGUUUAUGUUCCUGCUUCCCACAUCAAGACACAAACCUCCAUGAGGAAGGUGUUACAUGGUAUCUCCCUAGGGGGUGCUCUACAGGACUGGUAGACAUUGGGGCCAUGUCGCCAACCACUUUGGGCCAACUGACCCCUGUAACUUGCUAUCACAAACUCUUACCCGAAGUGGGUGAGAGACAACCUUCUGGUGCUCCAGAUGAUCGACAUCUGAAUGUGCAGAUUCGCUAAAUCCUGUUUUCCUCAGGUGAGCGUCCCUAGGGUAGCAUCGACUGUACUUUCUACAAGGCCUACAUGAGAUACCAUCGCUUCUAGGUGGAAGGUAUUCAAACUUAAAAAGGAAUCUUCUCCACGACUGGCUUGCGAAAAUGGAUAUGAAGACAUGUCCUGUCGGUCCUUUUCCACCCCUCUUGCCGACAUUAACUAUGUUUCCUGUGCCGCGAUAAACCUCGGCACUUCACCUGCCUCCUCAGCUCGGAUCCUUGGGGCUUCAUGA